UGCCUCUGGAGGGCAAGAUGGCGGCUGCCAGCUCUACUGUUGCCUAUGGUGAAGCUGGUGGUUUGUUUUGCCAGUGAGUGAAGCAAUGGAGGAAUCGCCCGUGUUCCUGCUGUGCCUGACGGCCAGGAGCGGUGUGCCCCUGUACUGCAGGAGCAAAGGCAGCAGCAGGCAGGUAAUAACCCCCUGCCAAGCAUUCUGCAAAGACCUGACACACUAUAUUAUUAUUAUACAUCAUUAUUAUACAUUAUACAUUAUUAUUAUUAUACAUUAUUAUUAUACAUUAUUAUUAUUAUUAUUAUACAUUAUACAUUAUUAUUAUACAUUAUACAUUAUUAUUAUUAUACAUUAUUAUUAUUAUUAUACAUUAUUAUACAUUAUACAUUAUUAUUAUUAUUCAUUAUUAUACAUUAUACAUUAUUAUUAUAUAUUAUACAUUAUUAUUAUACAUUAUUAUUAUACAUUAUUAUUAUUAUACAUUAUACAUUAUUAUUAUUAUACAUUAUUAUUAUACCUUAUACAUUAUUAUUAUACAUUAUUCUUAUACAUUAUUAUUCUUAUACAUUAUUCUUAUACAUUAUUAUUAUACAUUAUUAUACAUUAUUAUUAUUAUUAUACAUUAUUAUUAUACAUUAUUAUACAUUAUUAUUAUGAUACAUUAUUCUACAUUAUUAUUAUUAUUAUACAUUAUUAUUAUUAUUAUACAUUAUACAUUAUUAUACAUUAUUAUUAUACAUUAUUAUUAUUAUUAUACAUUAUUAUUAUACAUUAUUAUUAUUAUUAUUAUACAUUAUACAUUAUUAUUAUUUUUAUACAUUAUUAUUAUAUUAUUAUACAUUAUUAUUAUACAUUAUACAUUAUUAUUAUACAUUACAUUAUUAUUAUACAUUAUACAUUAUUAUUAUACAUUAUUAUUAUUAUACAUUAUUAUUAUACAUUAUUAUUAUUAUUAUACAUUAUUUCACUCGCUUUGUCAUUUUUAUAGAGUGCUUUUCAAUGCCAAGUUAAAGGGAUUUUUAAAGUAAUUUGUGACCCAGUAUUUUUAUUGCAUUAUGUAUGGAUAAUACAUUAAAGGAACACUAUAGUCACCCAGACCACUUCAGCUCAAGUGGUCUGGGUGCCAGGUCCCUCAGGUUUUAACCCUUCAGAUGCAAACAUAUCAGUUUCAUUUGGGGUUAAUCCAGCCUCUAGUGGCUGUCUUCCGGACAGCCACUAGAAGCUCUUCUGCAUGCGCAUUCAGCUCAGCUGACGUCGGACGGGGGAGCUGACGUCGGCGGGGGAGGAGAGGUCACCAGUGCCGAGGGAGCCCGGCGCUGGAAUAAGGCAAAUGGCUGAAGGGCUUUUAACCCCUUCAGCGCCACGGGAGGGGGACCCUGAGUGUGGGGGCACACCCAGGGCACUAUAGUGUCAGGAAAACUGCGCGCAUUCAAAGAGUCCAUAGGAAAGCAUUUCUCAAUGCUUUCCUAUGGACGCUCUGCGCGAUGGAUGCGAAAUUCGCAUCCAGCGUCGCAGAUGCACCUCUAGUGGCUGUCGGGAAGACAGCCACUAGAGGCUGGAUUAACGCCAAAUGUAAACAUAGCAGUUUCUCUGAAACUGCUAUGUUUGCAUCUGAAGGGUUAAAACCUGAGGGACCUGGCACCCAGACCACUUCAUUAAGCUGAAGUGGUCUAGGUGACUAUAGUGUCCCUUUAAUGAAGCUGUUUUGGUGUAUAGAUCAUGUCCCUGCAGUCUCACUGCUCAAUUCUCAGCCAUUUAGGAGUUAAAUCACUUUGUUUAUGAACCCUAGUCACACCUUUCUGCAUGCUACUUGCACAGCCUUCCUAAACACUUCCUGUAAAGUCAUCUAAUGUUUAUCCUUCCUUUAUUGCAAGUUCUGUUUAAUUUAGAUUUUCUUAUCCCCUACUAUGUUAAUAGCUUGCUAGACCCUGCAAGAGCCUCCUUUAUGUGAUUAAAGGAUCACUAUAGUGUCAGGAAAACAAAUCGGUUUCCUGACAUUAUAGUGCCCUGAGGGUCCUCCCUCCCGUGGCGCUGAAGGGGUUAAAACCCCUUCAGUUACUCACCUUCUUCCACUGCCGGGCUCCCUUACCUCUCCUCCCCCGCCGACAUCAGCUCCCCCGUCUGACUUCAGCGGAGCGGAAUGCGCAUGCGUGGCAGUGCCGCACGCACAUUCAAAGUGUCCAUAGAAAAUUGAUAUGCUACACACACACACUCUAAAAUACAAAUAAACCCCAUUAAAAUAUUAGCCAUAAAAACAUUUUCUAAAUAUAUUUGCCAGUGAAAACCACCUAUUUAUGCCUUCAUUGCCCAUAUUAACGCCUUAUUCUGUUCCUUUUCAGUUCUGACAUAAACUUGUUUCCCUGUUGCUAAUCGCAGUUCACUUCCCUCUUGUUCCAUACAUCAUAGCUCAAAAUAGCAGCUUGCUUUAUCACCUUUCGGAGAAGUAAGCUAUACCCUGGCAUGGUUGUUAAAACUUGCCUUUGGCCGCAGGGUGAAAGGGAAGCUGCCAGGGACUCUGGAAGUUCAAAAAUUAAAACCCAUGCCAGUAGUGUAAACCACAGUCACAUGAAGUUUUAUUUUUUCCAAUCCAAGCAAGUGAGGUAGGUGCUACAGUACGUGUGAUAAAACUUGCCAUGUUUAGUAGGUCUAUGUGUGGGAGAGGUAGAAUAAUGUUACUGCAUGUGUUGUAAUUAUGCCAUGCCAGCAUAUUUUCCAGAAUGACAGGACGCAUGGAUGGUUGGCUGAUCAGGGCUGCCCUAAUGCUCAGCCUUGCUGUAUUCAAAGUGCAGUUUGAUCAUGCACUUGUGCUGCAUUUUGCCCUGGACCUGCCCCUCAUAUCACGCCGUGGUUUUUAAAAAUACUAAUUUGAGUCCAGCAAAGUCUGCACUUGAUUAACCUUUGAGUGCCUGGUCCUUUCUCUUUGCUAUAUUCAUUUCACCUUUGGUCAGGAGGCUGAUCUUCCAUAUUGUACUGUUUUUCCCUGUAAAUUAAAAACAAAACACAAAGCUGAGAGGGAAGCAGAAAUUGGGGCAAGGGACAAACUAAGUAAGCAAUGCCUGGCCUUUUUGACUGAUCUUGAGGAACGUUCUCCCAGCACACCUUAGCUAUAUACACAGCACAUAUACUGGAAGUUCAGACCACAUGUUUCCUGCGGAUGGCUUUGCAAGGGGCCUUAUGGGAAGACCCUGUAGCAGCGUUGCCACCUUGCCUGUGAAAAAGACUAGAUGGCAGUGCCCGAAACUACUUGUCCCUGGUAUCGUGCAAUAUAGAUUUUCACUCUUGCACUUGUCGUCAUGUAAUCAUUUUUAUCACCGACCUCUGCCAAAUCUACUGGUUAGAUAUAAAAUGUGACAAAAGUGUUGUUUCUGUAUUAGACACUGCACUGUUACCUAUUUACUUUGAAGGUCAACAAUACAGCAUGGUAAAUACUCAAAAAGUAAAAAAAAAUACAAAACAUAGUAUAUACGGUUUAAACAGGUGAAUAUAGUGAAAAGAUAAUAAAUACCCUCACACUUUUCAGAGCCAAUGAAAUCUGGCUCUGGAUACAUUAGCAUUUGGUAUUUAUGAAGUUCCACCACACCUCCUUAUGGUAGGGACUCUGCUUUGUUGGAUGCUCAAACAGAUAAGAGAUGCCAAUAGUGCAGAUGGUAAUAAGACAGGAGACAAAAAUAAGUAUAAAGAUAAACUCCCCUGGGGUGGAGCCACAGAAUUGGGCUCAUGAUAUAGGGGCUCUAUUUUACAAGUGGUAAAAUUCCCUUAUAGUUUGAGGCUGGAACAGCAGGUAGAGGGCUAUUUAACCUGACUGGUUACCUCCGCUAAUUCCUUCUCUCAGCCAGACUGGAACCAUUAAAGCAUGCAGACAUCCAUUACCCCAGUAACCAGACGAAACAUAGUUUGGGGAGCCAACUGAUUUAUUUCAGGCCACACACAGCUUUUAUGCACAAACCCCUACCUGGUGUCUCCAACACAAUAACACAUGGAUUGUAUUCCCAGGAUACUUGGUGCCUGAGAGAUAAUAACGUGAAAAAACUCCCCCAUAAUUCAAUUAUCUCUUAGGUACAAAAAAUCUAUACAAAAUAUACAAUACCUCCACCCCAAAAAAGUUGUAUACCCGCGUAGACCCUAUCUGAGUGUAUAACAUAUCCAAAGAUCACUCAGAUCGGUUAGGUGGAACUGGAAUGCCACCGGGGUAAAGUUUUGACCGGGCGGACAGGAGGCGCUAGCCCAAAACAGUUCUAGGGAAAUAGGUGUCCCUGGCCGGUCUCUGUUCGGGGGUUCCUGUGUGAACACUAUGCAAGGGAUUCUCUUAAUUUUCAGGGUACGAAUGCUCCUCCUGUUCGGUAGUUCCCAUCUGCCGAACGUCGUUCUCAUAGUUGGUCAGGAAGUAGAACAGGCAUCAGUCUAAUCCUUACCAGGUAAUAGGUGGAGCUGUAUAAUGUCCUGUAUGAUCUGUAAAACAGAAUAAAUGCAAAUAGCGUAGAAUGUCUGUACAGAUAAAUACUAUAAAAGUAGAAAAAUGGUUAUUUAGUAUAAGUGAAGUCCUGUAUAGGUUAAAAAUGAGAGUGUCCAUUUUUAACCUAUACAGGACUUCACUUAUACUAAAUAUUUAUUGGUAUAGUGUUUCUGUAAAUUUUUAAUUUUUACAAUUAUUCUACUUUUGAUAAUAAAGAAAUAUUAUUUUCAAGAACAAUCAGAAUAUCGAGCAUUCCUUGGGGGAUACUUAAAGGAUCAUAAGGAGGAGUAUCCAGCAACCAACGACAGAAGGGUCUGGACAACCCCCCAAUGGUCCAAAGGAACAUACCUCUAGAGUCAUAUGACGGUAUGACUCUAGUCUUGUGAGUUCAACCAUUUUUCUACUUUUAUAGUAUUUAUCUGUACAGACAUUCUACGCUAUUUGCAUUUAUUCUGUUUUAAAGAUCAUACAGGACAUUAUACAGCUCCACCUAUUACCUUGUAUGUACUGUUUUGUGUUUACAGUGGUGUAAGGGGUACCACUUUAUAGGUGGUUUUAGAGCUAUCUCACUUUCUCACACUGUGUACUAUCUUGUUUUAUAUUAUAAUCCUUACCAGGGUUCGUGCAAGUGCAUAGCCGAAAAGCGUUCCAGGCACUCGACGACCAAGUACCACUGCCCACGUUCGGGAGUAAAAAUGGUCACCACUCUUUUGUCAACCACGUGCAUUCGGUUAUACGAAACGGCGGCCACCCAAGGGAAGCAUUCAUUACUUACUUCCCUUGCAGUUUCUCACUUAAGUUACUAGGUGAGAACAUUCUAAUGGGGUACCAGGUUGGUCCUCGUUCGGGAGUUAAAUGCAAAGUGUUCGUAUAUUAUAACUCCCGAACGGAAAAAUAUGAAACACAAAUCCAUACGAAUUUGACGGUAGAUUUCGCCACAGUACUUUAUUAUCAAAUCAAAAGUAAAUUUAUGGUUUGCAAGCCUAUAAGUAAAAACAAUAAAAAAACAAUUAAAAACAAGUUAUACCAGUGUAAAAAAGCCAACAGAGUGCCUUUGAAACGCGUUUCGCUACUUUAUCCCAGCUUCCUCAAUUGCUGUUAGACCCGUCUCCCCAUUACUAUUUUUAAAUCUCCCCUCUGACAUCUUCGACUUUUGGCAAUGCACCUUAAAGGGUGUAUAUUCAGUACGGCUUGUCAUUUCAUUGGUUAGGCUGCUGCCUCACCAUAUCUCUGUAACAGGAAGAUUUAUCCAUGCCAGUGAUCAGUCCACUCUGUUACGAUAUCCGGAACUUGAAAACUGUCAAAGUUCAUUACCUAAAACACCUGUGUUGAACCAAAGAAAUGUUGUUGGAGCUCUGUAGGAACAAUACAUGAAACAAGCGUUUACAUGAAUGGAAGAUUGUCAAUAAAGUAAUGUAGACACUGUACAGUAGGCAAUAAAAAUGUCGUAUUCGUUUGAUUUCAAUAGUCAUUGCAGUUUUUUUUUUCUUCAAAUACAACUUUGACGCAUUUUUCUAUUAGAAACUCUAUAAAUCUCCCCCACGUAACAGUGUUUAUGUCUUUGCGUGUGUGUUUUCAAACUGGUAUCAGACCCCCAAAAUCUGGAUUUUCACAUGUAUGUUGCCCCGUCACAUGAAUAUUUUCACUUCAAGCCUCCCAAUAGUCAUGCAUUUGGUGGGACAGUCCCAAUUUCAGAGUCUGAUUCUGAUUUUGUUCCCUGGUAUCUCAUGGAACUAUCCCCAUUCAGCACAGUGUGAGUCCAUCGUUAGAUGCACUUGUGCUGAGGACACUAAGACCAUGCCAAGAACAGUUUGACCUCUUACGACCACCGACCACUGCUCACAUCUACUUCUGUGCUAUCCAUUAGCAUGAAAAGUCAUUUGUGGUCAGGAAAAUAUGGCGGAUCCAGAUAUCUUAAAACAUUGCAGAUUUAUUUUUUAUUUUUUUGACACUGCAUUUUUUCCCCUGUGUGUCUUUCCAUACAUUAACCAGCAGGUGUCACUGUUUCAGUGCGCAAUUUUUAUUGUAGUUGCUCAGGUGUGCCAUUUAAUUCAUGCUUAUUUCUACUUCAUAUUUGAAUUACAAAUCAGAAACAUUUUUCUUUUAUAAAUUAUGAAGUAGACCUCUUGUUAUUCAUAGAGAAUUAAGGUAAUUUUUAGGGGUCAUGUAGGGAAGCAGCGGCCAAAAAUAUAAUACUAAUAAAAUUUUUUAAAUAAUUUAUAGUGUCAACAUCCCUCUUAUAUUCUAUGGUCCGUGUUGAAUUAAAACCUAAUCAGGUUGGGGUCCCUUGAUCCCAGGCGACAUCUAGAUGUGGGUGCAUUUUGCCACCCCAAUCUGAAUGAAUUUCUGCUGGGAGACAAUUCUUGUUAUUUAGGGUGAGAUAAUUCUGUUCCCCGGUAAGGCACCCCUAACAGGAACACAUUAGUGAUCCCCUUGUAUUGCUUGCACACCAAACCCACUUCUCUGUUCCAACUCUUUCAGACUAUUGCUGCCCACUAUUGCUGGAAUGAUUUGAGAUGGUUUAAGGCUUACGUAACGCCAACUUGGCCAUUUUGUUAGAGAGGGCCCCUAGGCUGCUGGUGCACUGGAACACUGAUCCGUUGGUAAACUAUUUGGAAACCGUUUCAUAAUGAAAGGGGACAACACCUGUGGACCCCCCUAACUAGUUUAAUACGUUGAACUGGUUGUGGUGCCUAGAGUGUCGUUUUAAGAAUCACUGCCCUAUUUUCUCAAGUAUGUAUUUCAUUUCACUUUAACAUUAAAAUUGUGUCUCUUUCUGCUUUUCUUACUCUGUGCCAUGUAUUUAUAUCUUUACUUAUACCUUGAGCAUGUUUUUCGUUGUGUCUAUAAAUGUAUUUAUUCUCUUAUCCCUGGGAUAUUUAAGGGGAAUAUCAAGUCAGUGCAGUGAAACAGUACUAGAAAAACUCUCCAAGUUCAUUAUUUUGUCAGUCUGGCUAAUUUUGCCUUAAAAAAAAAUGUACCAGCAAAAAAACGAGAAACGAUAUGAAUGUUUCCACGUUUUUUUUUUUUUGUUUGUUUGUUUGUUUGUUUUUUUGUCGUAUGCCCCUCUCUCUCUUUUAUUUAUUUAUUUAUUUUUCGGAUUUUCCAGUUGAAUUUUAAUUGUCUGGCCAGUUUAUCAGUUUGCAGUUUGGCUAAUUUUGCUUUGAAUUUGAAAUUCUCUUUGAAUUGCUACGAACUCAUACUUUAUUGAAUAUCCCUGUCUUUAGUUUGUCUUCUUUGAAGUGAAAGUAUGUAGGUGUGUGCGUGUGUAUCUGUCUCUUUCACCUUUGCACUCAGCAUUCAUGUGCAGUAUUAACUCUGAUACUUUUUCAAAAGAACAUGAACCUGUUAACCUAAAAUCUAGCAAGUAGAGCAGCUCUAUACAAAAUGCAUAGUGAGAAUGUCCACAGUUUGCAACCUGACAAAGGUAAUUGGGAAUCAGAUGAAUGUAGACUGAACUGAUUAGAGUAAUACAUAACUUUUAUCAAGUAAUAUUUUACAGCAGUGGAACCACAGUCUGAGAGCUAACCUGCUGUCAGUGCAAUUGAUGAUUUAAUGGAUUUACACUGAUAAUGCUAAAGUGCAAAUUCCUUAUCAUUGUAGCUACAGAGGGGACGCCUGCUAUGGGUGCUAGGGAGAGAGCUUUUUUUGUCAAAUCACUCUGUCAGUUUGACAGAAAAACAAUGGAUGAUGCAAUGAGACUCAUCCAUCGCAUUAUAACCACUACAGCGAGCUUAGAGUGUAUGAGUUUAAAUUACCUUAGUGUCUGACUCAUCCUAAAAAUGUAAUGAAAUAUAUAGCAAAAUGAAGGAUAUGGAUCUCCAGGGCACUGAAAGCGCUAUUGUUACCAGCUGAUAGUGGCAUAUGCCUGGGGUCAGAUCAAUAUGAUGCGCUUUCAACUAUGAGGGACCCAUUAAAAGAGUGAUUUGGGGAGGGCAUAUAUUGGAUCCUGACCUAGGGGUUAAGAACUGACAUCGAGUGUGAUAAUUGUGAGCUUUCUUGAUAAGAAAGGAACACUCCAAGCACCAUAACUACAUUAGCACACUAUGCUGGUUGUGAUGCUCGGAGUGUUCCUUUAAGGCAAAAUUGAUAACUAAAUUCAUGUGAAUGUUAACAGUUCAUUUUGACGUCACUUUUCUAUUUUGAUUGAUUGUUUUUAUUUUUUUAUUUUUUUUACCAAUGAACCACAUCUACUUUUGCCUGAAGUACUGGGUAAAAUCUUUCAGCGUUUAUUCAUUCUCCUCACCUGUUAAAACUGACAGAAUACACAGUGCAAAGUGAUCCAUGGUGAUUUCUUUUUUCCGUUCCGUAUUUUCCAGCUGACCUUUUCCGUUAUUGGAUCAUUGAAUGGCGUCCACAUGUUUGCCAAUAAUCAGAAUGUUCUCCUGACCUCAACUUGUACAGAGAACACUAAAGUAGUGUGGAGAGCCUUUCAUGACAGGUGAGUGAAUGAUCACGGUAAUUCCGGUUAGGUGGAAUGCUUCACUAACGCUAUUAUUGAUGUAAUGUGCAUCAUUUGCAGAGGAGUUUCAAGAACCUUUAUGAUUUAACAAACAAAGAUUUAACCCCAUCGGACCAAUCACAUUUGCUGUCCUCACACAAUUGCCCCUAAACACACUCUGCCAGCAUGGGAUAUCCACAUGUCGAGCAUUUAAAGUUCAGCUCUCAUUAAUUGAAUGGGAUAUUCCAAGUUCGAAUCAUUUAUUUAUAAAAUAUUUUACCAGGAAGUGUACAUUGAGAUUUCUAUAAUUUUCAAGUAUGGCCUGGACCUACAAAUAUUGCAUUAUCAAAGUAGGGUACAAAAUAAUAAUAAUAAUAAUAAUAAUAAUAAAAAAAAAAAAAAAAAAAUAUAUAUAUAUAUAUAUAUAUAUAAAAAAAUAAAAUUAAAUUAUAACAUAUAUAAAUUUAACACAUAACCGGUAAUAAAUAUAGUCAACCAUGUCAGGUGCAUUCUGUAUUUAGGUAUGUUGCCAUAGAUUUUAGAUUGAAUGAAGAUUUGACUUUGUCCUCGAGGUUGUUCCAUAUUUGCGGUGCUCUGUAGGAAAAUGAGGAUUGACCCACUUUUUUUAUUUUUUAUUGUGUGUAUCAUAUCUUUAACCCCUGAAGGACACAUGGCGGACCCAGCCCGUCAUGCUGGGUAAGCUCUAAAGGUCCGUCAUGCGCUAUAAUUAACCCCAGAUCGCCGUGGUGAUGGUGAUUGCAUGGUUAAUGAUGUUGCUGGGUUCUUCUGAGUCAGUGGCAGACCCAGCCCAUGUGAUCACUGUAACAGCCAGUCACAGUGAUGCUGGGAUAUCAGAACCGCUGCCCUCCACCUCUGUUGGGUUUUCAAACUACAGAUCACAGUACCUUACAGUGUUCUAUUUUAUUUUAGUUUUUACUUUUUUUUUAACCUUUAGGGGUUAAAUUUGAUUUUUUUUUUGUAACCUUAAGGGGUUAAAUUGUAAUAUUUUAUUUGAUCAAUUUUACAUUUGUGAUUUAGUUAGUUGCGGUGUUUGGAAUUUAGUGGGAAUUGGGGAAUUUAGUGAAAAGCUAGUUAGAAUGAAAAGUAAAAAAAAUAAAGUUUAAUUAUAGUUAAAGUUUAUUAGUACACAAUGUUUAGGAAGUAUAGCACAGAGGAGGCUUAUGCCCUGUUAGCUGCCUACUCAGAGGCGACAGACACUGCCUCAGAGAGGGACGCAGGGGACAGGGACUAUGUGCCAGAUACUGCAGGGCCAUCAAGAAAAAAAUUAUUCCCCUGAUGCUAAACAUGGCGCAGAUGACUGGGUACCCCCUAAUAAUUUUUCACCAGACAUCCCAGAGUUCACUUCCAAUCUUGGCAUACAGGCUGACCUGUAUGGCUAGAGUGCGCUGGAUUGUAUGCAGCUGUUCUUGGUUGAUGAUAUUUUUAAGGGAGCUAGUCACCCAGACUAAUCUGUACGCUGAGCAGUAUCUGCACACAAUCAAGAAUCUCUUAUCGCCAGGAAAGAGUGAUGGUACUCCACCAGUGUGCCAGGGAUAAUAUUCAAGAAUUCCUUGAGAAGAACAUGGUUAUCAGCAAAAAUCGGCAUGGUUUUAUGAAGCACAGGUCAUGUCAAACUAAGUUGAUUACGUUCUACGAAGAAGUAAGUAGAAGUAUAGAUCAGGGUGUUGCAGUGGAUGUGAUCUAUUUGGAUUUUGCCAAGGCAUUUGAUACAGUUCCUCUGCACCAUAUCCGCACAAGCGGGGAUUGUACCGCUGUACGCUGUCCAUACAAGAGCUAGCUAUAGCUCUUACACAUGUGAGUGCACUACCGUCUUCUUUUUAUCUUUUAUUUUACCCUAUAGGAUAUAUUGCACUAUUUUAUUCUAUCUUUUGUCUUUAUAUAUUAUUGGAUUUGUCCGGGGAAGACUCAUGUGGACAAUAUCCCCGACCAAGCACGUUAAAGACCAAUUGACCUAAAGAAAGAACUAUCAAGUUAAGACUUUUUUGGGAUACACUAUUGUUAUCCUAUUGUAUUUAUUUUGUGUGGAGCAGCCUCUUUUGUGUAUUUUCUCUUCAUUUGAUACAGUUCCACACAAUAGAUUAGUGUUCAAACUCAAGGGAAUUGGUCUAGAUGAAAAUGCUUGUUCUGGUGUGGAACGUUGGCUUAAAAAUAGAGUACAAAGAGUUGUCUUUAAUGGUAAAUUUUCAAGCUGGAAAGAGGUGGCAAGUGGUGUCCCUCGGGGGUCUGUUCUGGGACCCCUUCUGUGUAACAUGUUUAUAAAUGAUCUUGAAGAAAGCAUUGAAAGUCAUGUUUCAGUGUUUGCAGAUGACCCAAACCUCUGUAAAAUAAUACAAUGUGAGCAAGAUAUUACUUUGCUGCAGAGGGAUUUAGAUAGACUGGGGGACUGGGCACUCAAAUGGCAGAUGAAAUUUAAUGUUGAAAAAUGCAAAGUUAUGCUGUUCUACGUAAAGAAUACACAAGCAGCGUACACCCUUAAUGGAAGCGAAUUAGGCAUAACAACACACGAAAAGGACUUGGGAAUUGUUAUAGACAACAAACUAUGCAACAAUGUGCAAUGUCAAUCAGCAAUGGCCAAGGCCAGUAAGGUAUUGUCAUGCAUGAAAAAGGGCAUUCAUUCUCGAGAUGAAAAUAUAAUUGUGCCUCUUUAUAAUUCAUUAGUAAGACCACAUAUUGAAUAUGCUGUGCAAUUUUGCGCACCUGUUCUAAAGAAGGAUAUUAUGGCACUAGAAAAAGUGCAGAGGCAGGCUACAAAAUUAAUAAAAGGAACGGAACAUAUCCGCUAUGAAGAAAGGUUAACAAAUUUAAACCCAUUUAGUUUAGAAAAACGUCACCUGCGAGGGGAUAUGAUAACAUUAUACAAAUAUAUUCGGGGCCAAUACAAACCAUUGUGUGGAAAUCUAUUCACAAACCGGACUUUACAUAGGACACGAGGUCAUUCGUUUAGACUGGAAGAAAGAAGAUUUAGUCUAAGGCAAAGGAAAGUUUUUUUUUUUUUUUACUGUAAGAACAAUAAGGACGUGGAAUUCUCUGCCUGAAGAAAUGGUUUUAUCAGAGUCCAUACAGAUGUUUAAACAGCUACUAGAGGCAUACUUGCAAAAACAGAAUAUUCAAGGAUAUAAUCUUUCAAUGUAGGGUAAUAACUGCUUGAUCCAGUGAUAAAUCUGACUGCCAUUCUGGGGUCAAAAAUAAUUUUUUUCCUAGCUUGUUGCAAAAUUUAAAGUGCUUCAACAGCAAAAACAGCAAAAAACAAAUGUGAGGAAGGCUGAACUUGAUGGAUGCAAGUCUCUUUUCAGCUAUGUAACUAUGUAAUUGAAACAAUUCUGUGCACUGACAAUGCUAAUGGGGGUAAUUUAAAAGCCCACCAUUAGAAUGUACUGGUUUAAAAACCUCAUUUGCAAAACCCCAAUUUUUUUCCCAGACAAUGAGUAGGCCCAGAUAUGAAGACAAAAUGCGAUUUAUGCACUUUAGUGAUAAUACGAACCACCCCCCAAAAGGUAAUCCACAGUAUGAUCUUCUAUAUAAAAUAUGCCCUCUAAUUGCCCACUUUAGUAAAAAAUUUGCCACUAGUUAUACCCCCAAAAAACAUUUCUGUUGACGAAUCCCUUCUGAAGUAUAAGGCGCCAGUCUGCAGAAAACAGUACAAUCGGCAUAUAGGGGAAGUUGACCUGUCCAAUCAACUGAUGCAGCCGUAUAUGAUUAUGCGAAAGACCAGGGCAUGGUACAAAAAAUGGGCAUAUAUAUAUAUUUAAAAAGGCAAAUUCUGAGCUGAAAUUAAUGUUUCUUGCAUUUCAGUUUCAGUUAAUUUCAGAGCUGCUUGAGUGCCACAGAGGGGGACCAUCGGUGGAGCCUAGCAGAAGAAUUGAGGCAGGUCACUUCUGCUUCAGGAUUCCAUCAACCCCCAAAAAGAAAAAUCCCCAGAAAAGAUGCAGGGUGUGUUACAAGAGGGGCGUAAGAGCUGAGACCGGUUAUUACUGCCCUGAUUGCCCCUCUCAGCCCGGCCUAUGUAUUGGCGAAUGUUUUAAAAUUUUCCACACCCAGGUCGAAUAAGUAGACUGGUUUUAGGGUGUGAUUUUAGCCAUGCGGGGGUAUCAAUAUGUAUAUAGUUUAUAUAUUUAGUUAUUGUAAGUUAAAGAUGCUGAGGAAGUUCAGGCCAAGGAGGCUUCCAAAGUUCUAAACGCUGACUGACUAUUUUAUUAUUUUUAUUUUGGUGAUUUAGUUAAUUUGAUAAGGGGCAUGGGGCAGGGGGUGGAUGGUGGUAGUUAGUGGGAAGUUGGGGGGUUUAGUGUUAAGCUAAGUUAGGGGUUAUAAAAAAAAUAGUCUAUAACAUUAGGUAAAGUUCUUGUGUAAAAAGUUUAAAAUGCUUAGAACCUUCGGUGCCAAGGAAGCUUUCAGAAUUUUGACAGCGGACUCAGAGGUGACAGGCAUCGUGUGAAGUAGGUGACAGUGGCGAUUAAUUUUUGACCCGAAUGCAGCAGUGACACACGAUUCCCCUAGCGUUGCCCAUAACGCAGAUGACUGGGUAUUACCCCUUGAUAAGUUAAUGCCAAAAAUUCUCCCUUUCACAGCAAAUAGUAUGCACUUGUUCAUAAUUUGAAUUGAUGAGCUGCUUAUAUUUAAAAAUAGAUGUGGUCUUUUAGAGGUAAUUUGCAAUCAUGAGCUGCUAAAAUGAGAAACUGGUGGGUCUCAAACUUUCCCCUUCAACAUCCAUAUACACCCUGGGAUACCUACUAUAAAAAUGGUAGGGUUUUGUAGGGUAGUUUGAGCUAGCAACUUGCUAAAAUGCUCAAAAAUAGGACGUGGACCCAGCAUCAAAAUUUAAAGUUUGAAAAAACCCUGAAAUGGCUGUGUAUCAAAUUUGCCCCUUCAACAUCCACAUAUACCUGGAAAAUGUACUCAUGGAGGUAUUGCUGUACUCAGAAGACAUAGCUGAGCACUCAUAAGGGUUGCAAAUUAUGCCGAAAAAUCUCAAAGUGUGUGUCAAAAAAGCUGAUAAAAUGCUUAUUACCACUACACUUGGUACGAACUACCUAAAAAAUUAUCCAACACUAAAGUUCAAAAUAUGCUAAUUAAGAUACCCUGAGGUGUCUUCCAUAAGAAAUGAUAGGUCUUUGUGGGUUAGCUUUAACAUGCAACCUGCUAAAAUGCUCCAAAAUUGGUCUUGGACCAACCAAUAUCAUUUAUGAACAUUUUUACGCUUAAAAUGCUUAAAUGGUCACAUCUUUAGAAAAUAGUGUCUAGGUCAUACAUUGGGGUAUUGUUUUAUUCAAAAGAUGUUGCUGGGCAUAAUUUGGGGGAUUUUAUCACAGUGGCACACAUAUGAUUUACAAAAUACUCAUCAGAAAUGCCACGUGUAUGUAAAAAAAUACAAAAUAUUAUUUUACCACAAAUAUUGACAAACUGGUGAAAAAAUGGUGAUGCGUUAAGGCACAAUAUACACCAUAUGAGAUACCCUGGAGAUACCCUACUUUCACAAAUGGUAGGGCUUCAUGGGGUAAUUUAAACAGUGAAACUGCUACAAUGCUCUAAAAUGAGACACAGGCCAAAAAUCUUAUCUAUGAAAAUUCACACUUAAAAAGCUGAAAUGGUGUGAUCUCUUAUAUGACUCUGUAACUUCACAAAAUAGUGUCUAGGUCAGUCUAGGCCUUAAUGGGGUUAUUGAAAUGGUCAAACUGCUAUAAUGCCCAAAAAUGAGAUAUAGGCCCAUCAAAUCUAUCUAUGAGAAUUCUAACUGUAGAAACAGAAAUAGCCAGAUCUCGUAUAUGACACUGUAUCUUCACGAGACAGUGGCCAAGGCAUACAUUGGGGGUAUUGUUAUGCUCGGAAGAUGUAGCUAAACACAAUGUAGGGUUUUGUACAGGAAUAGCCCACAUCAGGUUUACAAAAUACACAUAAAAAAAACGUGUUAUAUGUGUGCAUGUUAAAAAACAGAAAAAACACAAUUUUACUAUAAUAUCUAGCAGAGAUUGGCGGUUAAAUGGCUAUGUAAAAAGUGUCAAAAAUGGUAAUGGUAAAUAUCCUGAGAUGUCUACUUUAUAUAAAUAUAUACUUUUGUGUGGCAAUUUUGUUUUCCGUGAAGACCAUUAAGCUUAGAAUACAAACAUACCAUAUUUUAAAAUUGUUCCACAUUGAAAUUAUAUUUUACUCCUUGUAGUUUGUGACCUGUAACUACCAAAAAAUACUAAAAUCGUAGACAUAUUAUGUACUCUGUAAAUCAGGACAAAUAAACAAAUGUAUUUUGAAUUACUUUUCUUAAGCUGUACCAAUUAUGUAAACAGUAUUAUUGCCAAAACUGAGAAAAACUAAAAUUUCAUUUUUUCUUACCUUUUUGUAAUUUUUUCAUAAAUUAGAAUUUAUAUAUGUAUAUGUCACAUCAAAUUAAAGCCUGUUUUGUCCUUUAAAAAAAACAGUAUAUAAUAUGUGUUAGUGCAAUAAAUGAGAGAGAUGCAAAUUGUGGGUGAACACAAACUGCAAAACAAUUACCGUAUAUACUCGUGUAUAAGUCGAUCUCAUGUAUAAGUCGAGUGCAGUUUUGUGACCAACAAUUGUGAAAUAUGCUAUGCCUCGUGGAUAAGUCGAGGGUAAAACUUGGGGCUAUGAAAUUCUGUGAUUUUUAUAAUUAUAUACACACACACUCAUACAAACACACACUCUGCAUUAAACACACACACUUAUACAAACACACACUCUGCAUAUAUACACACACACUCAUACAAACACACACUCUGCAUUAUAUACACACACACACUCAUACAAACACACACUCUGCAUUAUAUACACACACUCUGUGUAUAUAAUGCAGAGUGUGUGUUUGUGUAGUGUGUGUGAACUGGGUGGGGGGAGGGCAUUUUUAUUAUUUAAUUUUUUAAAUUUUUUUUUUAAUAUUAUUAUUUUUUUUAUUAUUUAAAACAUUUUUGUCCCCCCUCCCUGCUUGUUAACUAGUCAGGGAGGGGGGCUAUCUUAAUCCCUGGUGGUCCAGUGGCAAGGGCUGUGAAGUGGGGGAACCUAGCGGGAAGCAUUUACUUACCUUUCCUGCAGCUCCUGUCAGCUCCCUUCUCCUCCGUUCCGGUCAGCUCCACUGUAAGUCUCGCGGUCUGGUUGCCGCGGGAUCGUUGCCAUGGCUCUGACGGCCGCGGCUCUCUAAGUUGCAAUAAUACAGACAUUGACUCGAGUAUAAGUCGAGUGGGGGUUUUUAAGCACAAAAAAUGUGCUGAAAAACUAGACUUAUACUUGAGUAUAUACUGUACUUGUGUCCUUAAGUGAAAGACAAACGUCUGAAGCUGUGUCCUUAAGGGAUUACGGAUCAAAUGAGUAAGACCACCACGUACAUUGUGUGAUAAAGUGAAGGCAGAUAGGCCUAUAACAUUUAACACCAGGGGGAGUACGUGUUGUAGGCAACACAAACCAAAGUUAAGUUAUGGGCCCCUGGGGUGAAGCAUUUGGAGAGCAGGAUGGACCAAAACUGCUUCAUUAAAGGGACACCGUAGGCACUGUAUCUGCUUCAUCUCAUUAAACUGGUUAUAGUGUCUGGAGUCCCCUGGUACCAUCAUUUCUUUCAGCAUUAAACAGUUUUUAAUGUUGUAAUGUUUUAAUGCUAAACAAGAGUCCACGGCAGUCCAUCCCCUCUGUGCUGCUUUGGCUAAUAAGGAAGUAUUACCCUGACAGGCAAUGGGCAGCUGUGAUUGGCUGAGUGUGUCAGCUGACUGCUUUUAACCUGUCAGAGCUCCAACUGACGGUAUGAAUGGGUAUGACAACAAGGAAGUGUGUAAUCUCUGCCUUAGCUACACAUACAGAAGGGGCCGGACUGUGGGUGGCCAGGGACUCUUAUUUUGUGGCAUACUGCACAAACAUGGUGCAACACUGAAUGGAGGGACAGUGCCAGGCCACUCCAGGCACUAUAACCAAUUCAAAAAGACAAAGUGGUUAUAGUGACUACAGUGUCCCUUUAAGCUAAAGUUGUUCAUGUGACUAUAGUGUCCCUUUAAGGCUGGCUUGGAGCACUGGGAGUGCAGAAAGGAAAGCAGUUUAGGCUGGCUUGGAGCACUGGGAGUGCAGAAAGGAAAGCAGUUAAGGCUGGCUUGGAGCACUUGGAGUACUUGGAGUGUAGAAAGGAACGCAACAGGCUGACUAAGCACUGGAGUGCAGAGAGCUGACAAAGACACUAGGUUGGUGAAACCAAUAUUGUUUUGUUCUAGUUUAACCCCUGAAAGAUAGGGAACCUGAUGUAAGUAAGUGCUCAGACGAGCUAGGUUUUUGUUUAUAGGGAUUUGUUUUAUAUUUAUGUUUUCAUUUGCUGCUGUCUCCUGUGUGGACUUACAAAUAAAGUGCCUGGAUUAUAUGAAAAUAAAAGGACUGUGCCUGUUGUUUACCCUAGAGGUCCGUGCUAUCUGCAAACAAGGAUCACAAUUGCUUUUUAUCCUUAUAGGGGUUAAUUCACUAGCCAUUGAAAUUCUGGUGAACUAACAAAAUGGCAGGUUAUUCAUUUCAAAUUGCAUAAUUGCAGUGUUGAAUUUUAUUUGUGCAUCACUGUAAUGCUGUUAGGUAUUUUACAUUGUGUAAGCCACAAUGGUCUCUGGAAAGACCUGCAACUCUUUUGUCUGUCAGACUGUGCUCUGCAUUGUCCUGAGCCGCCGACUAGACCUGUACACUGGUAGGUCGUGGCAGGGAAUGCCAAGCAUGCCCAUGCAGAGUGUGAACACUGAACACAAUUUAACAAAGCAAAACAUAUUAGCUGAAUUUCCAUUUUGUAUGCUUGUCCCAUUGGUCAUAUGGCAUAAUGAUUGCAUCUUGAGCAAUACAUUUAACUAUUGUCUCUGAAUAACUAUUUUCUUUGAUUGCGAUGUGCUGCUAUUUCUAACUGAAUAAAGUUUUAAAUUAAAAAAAUAAAAUAAGUAAUAAUCACCUGACUAUUGCUUUCAGUGGAUGUUAUUGUGCUCUUUGCGGUGUAUCCAGGAGUAGCACCCGUUUGUUUAAAUGGAGAACUACUGACUGUGCCAUAGUGAGCCCUUUUUAACAAACAAAACUCACGUAAUUUUACACAUUUACUGCAGUAUACUAAAAAGAUGAAUAUUAAUUUCUACAUAACGUAAUAUAUAGAAGCUGUUUUAUCAGUGCGUCACUGUUACACCUUUAUGCUUAAAUCCUGUAAUAUUCAUUUUAACAUUAGUCCUGCUGUGUGUCAUAUUCACAUAGCUGAUUAGAUAUAGCCAAAGUAGCUAGCCCGGUUUGAACUAAUGUUGUUGCAUCUGUUUGAUAAGGUUUAUUUAAAAAUGUAAAAUUCUGCUUUUAGAAGUGGUCAUGGAAGAAGGAAUCUGUAUGUAGAGUGAUUCUGCUUGAAAUGCUGUACAUACUGAGAUAUUUGUGCUGUGGACAAGUUACACACCUGGCACAUGUCUUGAGCUCUGUUUUAGGCUGCCAAAUGUCAAUUCUGUGCAAGAUUUGCAUCUGUUGUUCGUGCCCCUGACCCCAUCUCACUACAGCCUUCUUGCCUUCUUACGCCUUUUUAUUUUUUUUGUUUAAGUUCUGUCCCUCCCUCUCCCAUGCGCUCUGUCUGUUAAACUAUUCAGUCAAAAGCUCCUCUAUGAGAAGCCAUUGAGUGGGGCUCCGACUGCCACUGUGACAUCAGAAGGGGGCGUGCCAAGCAGCACCUUAAGCUUCGCCUGGCACUGGAUUUGAGGUGAGUUAUCAAAUUUUUUUUGUAAUGUUUGCAUUUAAAAAAAAUAUAUAGAUCAUUAGAAAGGGUUGGAGUAACCGUUUAAGUACAAGUUGUGAUGCUUUCUCAUUAUAUUCAUGUUUUUUUUAGCAUCACAUUAAUUGUUAUGUCUUCUGAAAAGAAUGCCAGUGACUUGUCGUUACAUAAACUACUGGAAAAUGUUUUUGGGGCCAUGGUAAGUUCAUUUUUUUACAAAAAUCCUUAAAUAUAUUUUAUAUGUAGUCUGCUGUCUGUCUAUUCCUGUGCUACCUACAAAACAAAUAAAAAUAUUCCCAUCACCUAGACGAUCAGCUCAAACACAGGGUACUGUCCCCAAACAUGGCACGCCUUAUAUUUCCUCACUAUAUUGUAAACAGUCCAGAUUUGGGACCCCCAUUUACCACCUCUAAUUUUUCUCUGAGGCUCUGCUUAUGGGAACAUAGCAGUCCAGUCCAUACAAAGCACAUCUUAAGGCAUAUUGCUGCCCAAUCCUGCCCUUUAGAAAACGGUGCUGGGUGACAUAUCUGUGUAAAUCCUAGCAACAUAUUGCGCGUUUAUAGCAUGCCUUCGUCCAUCCUGUUUUCAUACCUCUAAUUGCUCAGAGGUGUGCAACGAUUAUGAAAGCCAUAGACAAAAACACCCAAGUAAUGCUUUGGAAAUGCAUAAAAGAUUUGUGCAAAAAUUAGUUUCAGCUGGUUUAUGCAAAUUAAAUUCCUUUUAAUCCACACUUGAACAAAUUGAUUUGUCCAGGAUUUACCUGCAGAAUUGCAUUGAUUGAAUAAGACUACCACAAGUAAAUCCUGUACAAAUGGAUUAGUUUGGGUGUGAAUUAAACGGAAUUUGAUUCAGACGAACCGGCUGAAACUAUUUUUGCACAAGUCUAGUACAUAAAGCUAUCCUGAAUGAUAGACAGACAGACAAGCAAAGGCAAGGAGAAUCUGUAUCAGAUUAAAAAUUGCUAAAUAGUUGUGAAUCAUCCCAGAUUAUACAAUCUUUCAAUCUUGAGAUGCGGUAUAACUAAUUUAGAUGCAAAAUAUGGAGCUUUCAUAACAUUUGUGGCUUUAUAUUUAAAGGGACACUAUAGUCACCAGAACAACUACAGCUUAUUGUAUUUGUCCUGGUCAGUAUAGUCAGUCCCUGCAGGCGUUUUCAUUUAAAUACUGGCUUUUCAAAGAAAAGGCUGUGUUUACAUUGCUCCCUGGGGACAGCAUGUCAGACAUCCUCUAGAAGUGCUUCCUGGGUCAGAGCUGCACAACGUGCAGCACUGACAUUCAGCAUCUCCACGCAUGGAGACCCUAAACUUUCCCCAUAGAGUUCCAUUGAUUCAAUGCAUGUCUAUGUGGAGAUGCUGAUUGGCCAGCAUGGUGUUUGGCGCGGCCUCCUAUGGAAAAGCCUUGGAUUGGUUGAGAUUGUCAAUUCUGAUGAUCUCAGCCAAGGAGGCGGGCCUUCCAGAGCUGGAAUAAAGGUGAGUUUUUAUCCUAUUUUAGGUAGGCAUUUAUGGAUGUGAACAUUAAGGGCAGAAGGGCAGGCUCUCUAUACUCCAAGCCUUUUCUGCUCAAUCUUUAUCUGUUGACAGGAAAGCUUGGACUGUAGGCACACACAUUGUUACAAAUAUUGUUUGUAUGUUUAUCAGCUUUUCCAAAUAUGUGAGCGUACAUUUUGGGAAAUGCCAGUAAAUAGCUAAUAGUGAAUGCUCUGUUCCAGAACCAGUGUUUACCUAGAGAUUCUGCAUGUGUGUAUUGUUUUUACACUCAGUGUAGAGUGUGAUGAAAUGUGCGGGUGCUCAUAUAUGUGUGUAUCUGUGAAUGUAAUGUCUGUUUUUAUUCUUUUCCUGACGCAGGUUCUAGUGAUUGGUUUGGAGGAACUAACAAAUAUAAAAAAUGUAGAGCGGUUAAAAAAAGACCUUAGGGUAAGUGUUAUAUAAUGUUUUAGAAAAGGGGGCAAUUAAUGUAAUAUUUAGCUUUUUUCAUUUUCCUAAUUCCAUCAUAUAAAGGGACAUUAUCAGCAAUUCAGUUUUAAAUUUUAGAUUCUUAAGAAUAAGACACAAUUACCAAGCAUAACUCGGAAUCUUUUUAUUCAGUGUUAUAUAGUGAGUUUUAGUAUGUGGACUGUUAUUCAUGCACUUACAGUAGAUCUGUUGUCUCCACAGUCUUGCUACAAGCUGAUCGACAGUUUCCUAAUGGAAAAUGAGAAUAUGGGAGAUCUAACGCAGUGUGUUGAUUGUGUUAUCACUAAUGACUUGGCCAUACUGCAGGUUAGUGCAACAAUUGAGUGAAUGUUCACAUAAAGGUCAAGAUUCAGUUCUAGCAAAACUAUUAUUGCCAAAGAGAUAAAACCGGUAAGAUAUCUACAGGUAUAUCUAAGAAAAGUAGUACAUUUCUGUACAAGCUUUGUUUAGUAAGUAUUAAGUAAAGCUAUGCAACUCUCAUUGACCUCUACAAGUAAUACAGUCAGAUAUGCAUGAAAAGCAAGUCGUUAAAGCAGCUUUUUUAUGGCAUACUUCCCUUCCCUCAGUUGAUUCCUCUUUUUUUUCCUGUCUCUAAUUCCAUUCUUCUCUUUUUCCGAAAAUACAUAAGACAAAGUAGGGACUACUUUAACAUAUGUGUUUUUUCUUACACCUGACAAAACUUGACAAAAAGGCAAGUUGUCAAAUUGUGUAAAUUCCCCCAGCCAGAAAAAAAACCCAUUGUCUAUUGAAUCUCCCACAGUCUAGUGGCAUCCUUAAUAGACAUCAGUGUUGUACUCUCAAACAUUUGCAAGUACAACAGUGAUGUGGGCUCUUGCCAGGUGACGAACCAGGAACUGAAGAGCCCACCAGAUGCUGAUUGCGGUGCCAUGAGGAACAGCUUCAGUUAAGUAAAACUUACAUUCCUCUGCACCUCCAGGCCACCACUCUGCAAGCAGCGAGGUCUUUAUCGGGUGUUUGCAAAAAUAUGUGAAGACCCCAGAAGGUAACAUAACUUCUCUAAAGGAACGCUGUAGGCACUGUAACUGCUUUGUCUCAUUGAGUUGACUACAGUGUGUAGCGUCCCCUGGUGUCAUCUUUCCAUUCAGUGUUAAACCAUUUUUAAUGCAAGAGUUCUCAAUAGCCUAUCUCACCAGUGUUGCUUAGGAGAGCAUUAGACUGGCCAGCAAUGGGGCUGUUGUGAUUGGAUGAGAAUGCCAACUGAUUGCUUUAGGCCUAUCACAGUAUAACCGCUGACUUAGCCACACCUUUAGUGGGUGCUGUACUUUGGGAAGCUUUAGUGUUAACCAGCUCAAAGUGGUUUAUUCCUAGAUGGAGGGACAGUGCCAGAGGACUCCAGGCAAUAUAUAACCAAUUCAAUGAGAGGAAAUGUUUUUAAUGCUUACAAUGUUCCUUUAAGGUAGGUCCCUAUGUAAAUAAAAAGGAAAAAAAAAAUCCUUAUAGGCAGCAUGGCAUUCAUGAUGAUUGGUCAUAAUAGCCAGGUUAUUACUAUAGUUAAAUUGGAGAAUUUGUCCAUGGCCCUUAUUUUUCCUAAAUUUUGCUAUUCAGUUUUUUUUUUUUUUUUUUAAUUUGACAAUUUUUAUUUGCCUUAAAGCAGGUGGGGGUACAGAAAGGAAAGGGAGGUUAGGGGGGGAAAAAACAUUGUGCAGACAUUACAUAUCCCAAAUCGCAUUAAAUUCAUAUUAACUUCAUACAGUCCUGGAUUGAAUAUAUUUGCGUGCUCCUAUUACCCUGGGCUAAGUUGGUGUAUAGUUGCUUGUGUUGUGUUGUCCCUUUAUGAUGUAGUUGUCAUGGGCUAACUCUUGAUUAUGCUUUGCACCUCAGGCUGGGCAGCAUGUGACUAUGUCCUUAUGUGGUAGCUUAUUAAUAGGAUGGGGGGUGGGGAAGUGGGGUGUGUUGUCUGCCUUUACACUAGUUGUAGAUAUUUCGGAUGCGCUGAUGUCUUAGUUUGGUAAUGUUGGGGUUGUAUCAAAAGGUAGUGGGGGGGUGGGGUGGGAGGGGGUUUUCUUUGUUGCGUUGUAUGUUGCAUCGUACCUUUAUAUCCUUGCCAGCUGUAGUGGUGUAUUUAUUGAUGACUAAGUAGGUAGUAUGUGUUUUGGUCUAUGGGUGGGCCUCUUGUGACCUUAUUUCUUGUCUUCUUGUUGUCCUUUCCUGCAUUCAACCUGUCUUGUUCCUGGCUUGUUAGCCUUUUAUAUUGUUGCUUCUAUAUUGUAGGGUGUUCUGUGUUUAGAUAGUCUUUGUUUGCUUGUUGUCUUACUUUAGGCUUAGUUACAGUCGUCUAACUUUGAUCUUGCGAUUAAUUCCAAUGACUUAAGUUGAUUAUUGUUGAUUCCCAGGUGUUCGUCCAUAUGGCUUGGAGUCUUCUUUUGGGUGUGGUUGUGCUAAGCUAGGUGGGUGGAGCCGUUCGUUGUGAGUUGGUUUGUGAUGUAUCUUUCUGUUUAUCUUUGAGUUCCCAGUACUCUUUCCACAUCAGGUUUGCUUUGGAAAUUGUUUUCUUUGGCCCAUUUUGUUUUGAAAGCAUGGUCUCAUAUUGCCAGUUUAUGUUGAUUUGGUUGAGAAGGGCGUUGAAAUUCAGUGCUGUGGGUGAUUUCAAUAAUCUAGAUAUCACCAUGGCUGCUGAGAUCAAUAUGUGGUAUGUUGUUGCCCACUGGGCUUUGUCCAUGUUGUCCGGUGGUAUGAAUAGUAGGCACAUUUCUUCUGUGGGUCGUAUGUUGGUCUUGGUUACUUGCUUAAUCAGUUGGUGCGUUUUGCGCCAGAAAGGUUGUAAGGUGGCACAUGACCACCAUAUGUGCAACAUUGUUCCUUGAGUAUUGCAUCUCCAACAUUUAUUCGUGGAUGAUUGGGGCCAUAUUCUGUGUAUUUUGGCUGGUACUAAAUACCAGCGGUAUUGUAUUUUCCUUUGUAGUUCUAGGUGGUUCGUGCAGGAUGUGAUACCUUUGUGUGACGAGUACGCUCUUGUCCAGUGUUCUUCGUCUAUUGUUCGGUGUAGUUCUUUGUACCAAGCUAUUUUAUGCGUGAUUUUCCCUUUGUUAUGUGUGCGCGUGAGUGUUUUAUAACACCAUGAUAUUAUCUUUUUCGGGGGCAGGGCGUUUGUACAGAAUUUCUCGUAUAGAGAGAGUGUCUGGAGUGGUUCUUUGUUUUGUUUUGUAGGGUGUGUAUUCUUUAGACACGAUUUGAGUUGGAGGUAUGGAAACAGCAUGCGGUGUGGUAGGUCGUAUUUAUGCUAUUCAGUUUUUAAUUAACCACAGCUACAAGUUUAGUGAAUAAACCAUUUAGUGCACCAUACAAACCAUAUAGAAAAAAAUGCAAACAGGAAAAACACAUGACCCCCUGCUUUGGGUUUUUGUUUGCAAAGACCGGAAAGCAGGUUUCUUUUAAGUUUUCACCUAUUUUGUUUCCUCAUUGAAAUACAAGUAGUGCGGUUAGAUUUAUAGAGACACUGGCAUCCAUAUUCAUUCUGCUCUUUUACAUAGCGUUCUACGGUCUAGAUUAGACCUGGCUCUAUUCUUGUAUACAAGUGAUCAAAGUGUACGUAAAUUCUUUCCAGCAUGUGGAAUGGAGUGAUCUUUGAGAAUUCUCCCAUUAUGGCAAAUUCAUAUUAAAGCUAUAGAUAGUCCCCAAUGAUCUUGUAGUAAAGCCAGUGCAUUGCUAUCAUAUAAUUGACAAUUUAUUAGAGCAGCAUAUCUUGCCAUUAUAAUAUAUAAAACAUUUGUAUUUUUCAUUUCAAUAGGGAUGGUAUCUCCGAAUGCACUUCUCAGAAACCAAUAAUGUAAUACACAUACUAAAAUAAACCAAAACUUUAUAUUAGAAAAAAAAUCAUCACUCUUACAAAAAUGUAUCUGAGUAUUUAAAAACAUUUAUACAAUAUUUAGUAUUCUGCAAGGUUAAAAUAUCCCACUAACAUAUAACUAUCUUUAACCCCUUAAGGACACAUGACGUGUGACAUGUCAUGAUUCCCUUUUAUUCCAGAAGUUUGGUCCUCAAGGGGUUAAAAGGGAGAAAUAAUGCAUAAACACAUGUAAAUACAAUCUUAUUGCAAAAGGGUCACUUCUAGAAAUGGUUCUGUUAAGGCACCCAUCUCAAAAUACAUGAGCUAUCAACCCUUCAAUUUAAUAGCUUUUCAAAUGAUUUCAUAUUUUUGGAUACAUUUUUAAAAUGAUUUAAUAUUAACAAAAAUAUUUUAGCUUCGUAAUAUUUUUUUAUUGAUUUCUUUGACUAUAUGAUACAUAUUUUUAGAUAUUUCUAUAGUUUGAGUAUAUAAUUUAAAUUUACCCUGAAAACAGUUAGAAGAGAUUAAAUAUCUAAUGCCACCCAUUUGUUUCCUAAAAUGUCUGUGGUAUCCCUAAUGUACACGGUUAAAGGAACUCUGUAGUGUGCCCCUAUGUCCCCCACCUUAGCAGCUAUCAAAGGGUUUAAACCCCUUUAAAGCAGGCCUGCAUAACCUGCGGCUCCCCUGCUGUUUUUGAACAUGAUUCUUUGAAUACAAAAGCCAACGCCCAUUAAUUAAUUUAAUGAAACAGCCAACGCCCAUAUUUAAUGGAACAGAUAGCCAGGGGAUCAUGGGAGUUGUAGUUCAAAAACAUCUGGUGGGCCGCAAGUUGUGCAGGCCUGCUUUAAACACUUACUGUCUCCAACUCCUCCGACAUCUGCGGAGAGGGAACCUAAAUCUGGGAGAAAGCCAUUAGAGGCUGUCUUGGAAUUGCAAUGUAAACAUUGUAGUUUCUCUAAAACUGCAAUGUUUUACAUUGCAGGACUAAGGGAGACAGGGACACUGCACCUAGAUCACUUCACUGAGAAUUAAUAAAUCCAAGUCCAGACAUGUUUUUAAAAUAACAAUGUUAUGUAGAAGUAGCUAUACGACCCACCACUCUGUAGUUAAUUUUAAUGAAAAGUAUAUUUGCAUACCAUUAUCACCUCUAUCCUUAAUUAGAAACACCUGCUAUAUCUCCCAAAAAAAGGAAAGGGAAAGAAAAAAGGGGUAACAAUAUUGACAAGAAUCAGGAGUGACUUUUAAAAAAUAUCCCUGACUCUAUAUACACACAGUUCACCAUCUGUUAUAAACUUUGUAAAAUAAGUACCUUGCUAAUUGGUUAAGUUAUAGCUUUAAAUAUUUUCUCUACCAAAUAGAUAGUGUUAUUAUUUUAAAACAGAAUACCAAUUUGAGGAAUAUUUUACGGUUUAAACUAUAUAUUUUUUUUAGUCCGGCUAGCCAUAAAUAUAUAAAAAGUAUCUGAUCACCCAUCUUUUAGAUCUUAUAAGUAGAGCUUAAAGUAGUGUCCAACCAGGAAGGUGGGGUAGGACACACAUCUGGGGACCUGCGGUUUACAAUGAGGGAUUGUGGCCAGCAUCUCCCUAGAUUAUAUGACCCUUAUUAUGCUAAUAAGGCUCACAGUUUGUUUAAUGUUUUUGUAUGUGAGUUGGGCUGUGUGGACAUCCAGUGGCCUAUCAGAGAAGAUGUUUUGAAUUUCAAACAAGAUGAGCAUUAAUGACAAAUUGAGAUAUGUAACUUUAAAUGUUAAAGGGCUAAAUUUUUUAGUCAAGUUACAAACGAUUCAAUAGAAAUAACGUUAUGGACUUUCCUAGCAAGAAUACAAUCCUAAAAGGAAAGACUUACUACGGAACCCACAACAAAACCUGUAUGGGCACUUCAGUUGUGUCCUGGGGCUUAACCCCUAUGUUAUACUACAAAUCAAAAGAAGCUCAAAGUGUUGGAAAAACCAACAAUUUAAGCAAAGACUGGAUAAAAUAUGAUGUUAAUUAGAAUGAAUAAUGAUUAAUAAAAUGUUUAUUCCAAAUCUCUACCUAAGUUAUUGUGUUCUACCCAAACCAAAUCUGUGUAACCAGCCAAGUAAGGCUAUACCUCCCUCACAGCAUACUGUGACUGAAAUUUAUCUCAGACUAUUUGACUUUAAUGCAACUUAAUAGGUCACAGUCUGUACUACACUUUUCCAAUACUGUGGACUCAGUCACAGAUAAAGAAGUCCUGAUUAUAAAUAGGUCUGCCUAAAGAAACAGACAUAAAUCAUGAGUCUAAUGCUCUCUAUUGAACCUCAAUAAUUUGGAUAGAAAAUAACUAUGCUCAAGAGUAGAGUAAAUUUUAAAGUAAAUAAUGUGAAAUGCCUAAUGCAUACAAAUAGUAUCAAGACAAACUCUAUGAUAAAAAUGUAUCUCUUGAGCUAAUAUAGUUAAACCCUGAAGGGAGAAUACUGAUCAUAAUAACAUAGCUACAAACUGCUAUACUGUAUCUAAUUAUUCUAAUUAUGUUUUAACGUAACCUGCCCAUUAGAGGCUGCUGCUGUUGUAUGGAAUGAGUGGCCCGAGUAGGGGGAAGGAUUAAGGACUGGAUGGAGUAACAAAGUAACAAAUAUGGCUUAUUAAAGAAAGUAAUGGGUAGUUAGGGACCUGGCUAAACUGGUCUUUGAGUAGGAGUAUAAAGUUUGAACCGGGCACAAUUUAAAAUACCUGAUUGCUAUGUUUGGUACGAGGAGUAGAUAUAAUGUAAUGUUGUUGAUUCCUGAACUCUUGACGCAUGAGUGAAGGUUGAAUGCUUCCGACAGUAACAUUCUAUCUUUUUGGCCUCAAGAAACCGUAGGAAGCCAAGUAAGCUGCUGACUUACCACUAUGUAAUUAGGGUUAUUAAAGGGACGUUUACUUGUUAAUUUGAAGAGUUCCCCCUAGGAUUUACUGUCGAUAGGGGGUGAAUUGCAUGAUUUGUGGCGUUUUGAACUAUGACGCCUGUCAGCACAUCUUUACUGAAUAAGAAACCAAUUGGGAGCUGUUGGGUAUAUUGUCUACAUGUAAAGUUAAAUUCCCAUAAUUAUAGUUCAAUUGUAUUGUAGGCUGGUUUCAAAGAGAUGGGCAAAUUUUUUGCAAGCAACCAUUUACAAUUGGAACGCAUUUAUUAUAAUGAAAUUAUAUACAACUUUACACCUACCGUAAGCUUUUAGAGUAAGUUACCUUAGUGUUGGUAGACUAAUUUACCUGCGUAACUGACCAAACUGUAAAAUCUAGUUGGAAUCGAUCGUCACUGUUAAAUCUUCUUAAUUUCUUCUUGUCUUCAGUUGAUUGAUAUAUAUACGUCUUUUGUAUAUAUAGUCUUGGGCCAAAUGCUCGCCACAAUAAUAUAUGUCUAUAUUAUUGAAAAGUACUAAUACGCAAUCUGACUUACAGUUUCUUCAGGUUUAUUCUUAGUUACAGAUACAUAAUAAAACAACAAAUGAUGUUACAGGAUAAUGGACAUUCAACAGCAGAUGGUAAUUGCUGGACUCCUUUACAUCCUUACAUCUUUACAUCGAGAGAGAGAGCCAGCGAGAGCGAGCCAAGACCGAGAGAGAUCGACCUCGUGCCCCUCUGUUACUAUAUAGAUGUGCUCAUACUAACGUCAGCGUUUAACUCUAGCCAAAUAAGGAAAAGACCCCCAAAUCCACAUUCCAGAGCUCUCGGACAAAGAAAGCCUUGUGACUUAUACCAUCUGUUACUUAUGUCAAUCCACACAUCCAUAUAUAAUCAAUAGAAACAUAGAAUAUGCAAUAUUCUACAUUCCCUCUGUUUAUGAUUUGUCUUAAAACCAUAACACAAUGUAACUAACCUGUCCAUUCAUACAUCACUUGUAUCACAUUCAUUGAGCAUAGAACAAGAUGUAGUCACAACUUCCCAUUAUAUGAGAGUUCUUAGAAGGUCGAGUUUCUAUCCCUCAUACUGCUUACUUUACUUCAAAUUCCCUCUGUUUCAGCUAUGUAUUGAUAUCCAUAUCCAUGUUACAUCAUAACUACUUGAAAAUAAUAUAUACAUAUAUAUAACAAUAAUAAACGAAUAAAAUAAAAUAUUUACAAAUGUUGAUCCAAUAAACAAUGUAAAGCAAUGAGAAAGAUCAACCUGCUCAGCUACAGUCAUGUCUUUGUAGACAACAAAAUCAAAAUGAUAACUUUCUAGAUAAUAACUGUGUAUCACUAUCAUAUUCCUACAGACAUAUAUAGUAUAGUAUUUUCAUUCUCAAUACAUGUAUUACUAUAAUAUACGUCCACUUAUACUUCCAUGAAUAAUAUGUUUUCUAGUAACUUAAACUCUUUAGGUCAUUUGUAUUCAUGAAUUACAUUCCUAUACCAUUAAUACCACCUAGUGAUAAUUCUACCAGUACUUUACAAUCAUAGUAUUUAAUUUGUAUAUUCAGUAGGCUCUCAUUAACUGAAAUAUAUCAACACUACUUAUAAGACUCAUAAUAGUUUGCAAACCUUCAAAGGUUGUGUUGUUAUCAACCAUAAAGUUUUAUAAUAAUUCUUCAAAUAGUGUUCAUGUUGUUGACAAUACUUAUUGUUUUAGAAAUUCUCCACUCAUAAAUCUUUCUAUCAUAGAUUUGUUUUUGUUUACAUAAUUAUAAUUUUGACUAACAUUCCACCUUGUAGCAACAAACUUUUCAUUCAAUCGGAGAAAGGUUUACUUUUAAAGAACUUGGAAAGAAUAAUUUAAAUUCAUUAGCAUCACUCUCUUCAUUAGACCUUAAUUGUGAUGACUUAUUAAUGUAAUACAUCUUAAAAGCAGGAUUGUCCUAAUGUUCUGACCAAUCCGUAUUCCUUAGUACACUUCAACUGACUAAAUUAAAAUAAAAUAAACAAAACUUGGGGUCAUACUGCCCAGAAACUCUUAUUCCUAGUCUGUGUCUAGCAAACUCAGGGUAAUCAUAAAACAACUUAUAACAACUUAUUCAUUUCAUUGGAUACCAUCAUAUCCAGAAACCUAUUCUCCCUAGUCCAUACCUUUUAUAGACUUAGGUAAUUAAGCGAUAGUAUGAGUUAACGUAUGGUAAUCUAGAACACAAUGUACUGAAAUGCCACUAAUGGGUUGUCAAGUAAUAAAUAGUAUACUUUGUAAAAAAUAAAUCUGGAAGCAGUCACUAUAUGUACUAUAUGUAUUGAGGACCUGACGAUGGUCUGAUACCAGGCCUAAAUAUGUACAAUGUGUAAACGUAAAAGGCAGCGUGAGGCCCAAUAUACGUGUUUAACUGAAAAUAUGUGUAACAAAUAAAACACCUGAAACAAAUUGUUGGAGGAAAAUCGCUGAUCUUGGUUCUACUAUAUUGAUAUGGGCACCUGGUGCAUGUGGUAUAAUAGGAUCACGAAGUGAGUGACAAGUUGGGUAAAUAUAUGUAUUUGGGUAUCAUCCUUGUACUGUUGUAUCUAAUUAAAUCGUAGACCCUUAGCCUGUAAGUGACUGAAGUAUUGAAAUCAUGGAUUAGCCUUGUAUGAUAGUUUCAAUUGUGCAUGCCCCUUACAGUAAUACAAACAGUAUGUCAGAACUAAAGCUAUAACGAGGCGGGAAAUAAUCCGCUAGGAUGCCCGAAAUGAAAUAUAGUGAAUAUGCAUGACGGGGUCUGCAGGCGCCGUCCCCCAACUUACUACUAGUGUGUGUGUGUGUGUGUGCUUGGCUGACUAGCUAGUGCCGCAAUGCGGCAAAACAAUUACUCUAGGUUGGUGACAGGUGAGGCCCUGCUAUUUGCCAAGUGGCUUGAUCGGCUCUAUCUAUGCGUUGGCGCGAGGGGAUAACGUGGCCACUGAACAUUGUGGCAGGGUGUCGGCCUCUCGAUGACAGUUAAACAUAAGAUAGAAUGGGAAUCACAGGUGAGGCCCUCUCUAUGCCACUUUGCGAGGCGACUUACUAUGAUUUGGCCCGAGGGGCGUAGUACCUCCGAGUAUAAGGAUGGGUGUUGGCCUCGCGGGACCACUAACCUAAGGCGAAGAAGCCAGGGGGAAUAAUAACUAGUGGACACCUAGGAACCUGACAGCCAGCCACUGCUAACUAAGAGGGAAGUUUAGUAAGUAAGAGAGAGGACAUACCAUGGAACGAAACGUGGGUGGUAAUGAGUUAGGAUCGUAAGGCUGACCGAAACUGGAGUGCCUUGUGAGCCCGUCGGGGUCCAGAUGGUCGGUACGUAUGAACUAAAUUGCGUGUAUGUAUGUAUGGCCCUUGGGGCUCGUGUUGCCAGAUCGUGGCCUGGUUUUUAAUGUAAUCAGUUUUUUUUAAUGUUUCCUUAUGGAUGCGGAUCUUGUUCAUAGUACUGUUAAAACGCGUACUCGCCUUCGCCGAGGAUUGCUCAUCAGAACUGCAGAUAAUGUGAGUGUGAGUUUAAUGCACUUUGUUUAGAAACAUAUGUGCUUGUCUGCGCAGAGGUGUACAGGUCAAGGUAAUAAAGCAAUGAUAGGUCUUAAAUGCAAAGCUGAAUAUGUCAGAAACUUUAAUAGGUUUAGGAAUGUAAUGUGCAGGCGUAAUUGUCAAGUAUUUAUAGCUGUGUUUCUUCAAAGCAUCUGCUGAUGAAUGUAAGAUGUGCAUAACAGUCAGAGCAUCUGCGUUUAUACUGAGGUGUAAUAUAUAAUGCUGUAGCCAGGCUAUCAUGGAAGCACUAAUAGUCUUCCUAUACAACGUGUUCGCUUUGCCUUAGAUUAGACAAAUUGUAGAUGAUCCUCCCACUGACUGUGAUCUCCUACUCUCAUGCUAGUUAAAUCGCGUGUGGUUGCCUGCGCAGGGGUGUAUACGUCCGGGUAACCAAGCCAUUUAAGUGUGCAUGGAUUUAGCAAGGUUAAACAUUCUUGAUGGUAAAUACGCUUAGGUAAUGCAGUGUGUAUGCAUUAUGGAUAACAGAAAAGUGUAUGCGUCUAAGUUAAGGCAUAGUAAUAUAUUGCAGCAAUCAGGCAACUAGGCAGUAUUUAAACAACCGUAACAGCGUAUAUACUUUGGAUUAAGAAAGCAAUUAUUCUUUUACUGGAUAUACCAUGACUACCCGGUUGCCCAGUUGUGUUACCUGCACCAGGAGGUUGCCCACAGUGUCAGUGCCCUAAGAGACCCGAGCCAUGCUGCAGGCCGUCACUGGACAGCUCCGGGCUUUGCUGCCAUGGCAACUGGACGUGGGGAUUGUCAAACUGCUCCAGGCGGGGGCGGAAGAUACCCUCCAUCCGCACGCUGGGAAAGGUGCCCGGAAGUGUAGCCGUUGCCAUGCGGGAGUUGUUGGUUGCUAUGUUGAAGUAGCAUGCGCUACUAGCUCAGCACGUUGGAACGCAUUUGCGUUCCACCUUGCCCAAGCAGUUCUCAAAGUAGUUUGCAUGUUGCUUAAUAUGCUAAAGUACAGCAUAUUAACUGAAGGAAUUCAAUUAAAAGGUAUAAAGAAUGGCAGUAACAAUACUUUUUAUUUUUUUACUGUAUACCAUUUCGACAAGCAUUACAUUUGAUGAAGGGGGGGUGGCAAUUUUAUUUACGGGGUUGUCCCUGGAGGUAAGGGGAUCUGGGAAAUUUCUACAAAAUGUAUUGACACACUAAUAGACAUGUAACAGGUGAAUUUAUUUAUAACAAAGACAAAGUAAAAUCACUUAAACCAUUUAAAAUUGACUCUGAGAUGUGUGGACAGUAAGACCAUUUUUGGAUUGUUAUAAAUGUAGUCUAUAUAGUGAAUAUAUAUAUGUGUUAAUAAAAAUAAAAAAAAAAAAAUUUAAGCAAAGGUAUUGGCGCGAACAGUACUGAAUAAGUUUUAGGAAACGGCACAAAUUAAUACCCGAAAUGCCGUCCGAAUGCAGACGAAUGAACAAGCCUAAAACAAGUAUUUCAUUAAACGAAUAGAAAACUGAAUUAAUACGAAUUGUGCCGUGAUAGUGCCUGGAGAUGUAAUGAAUGGGGGAAUCCCACAAAAUGAUUUGUAUUAAAUAAACAAAUGAAAUCCAAGGUGUUCGUGAAGAUGAACUACUUACAGUUAGUAGAAUUUGCCAUUGAGCCUGCUCGUGCGACGGUUGCGUUAAUUUUUGUUAAUACUCACGAAUUGUAUGAAAGUCAUUUGGAAGGCUGUGUUCUUACAGAUGGCCAGCGGGCGGAAAUGACGUCAGAGCUUUGUGAACCAGAAGCAGAACAGAGGAACUUCCAAACGGCGAUGAUAGGUAUGCUGGGGUUACUGGGUUUAAAUAGGAAAAUAACCCCUCCCACAAAUUCAGGCAUAUGCCUUCCACAUAUAUAUAUAAAAAAUCAGUUUCCAGUUAGUACAUAACAGGAUUACUUACAUGGAAUUAAAGGACCACUAUAGUACCAGGAAAACAUACUUGUUUCCCUGGCACUAUAGUGCCCUGAGGGUGCCCCCACCCUCAGGUACCCCCUCCCACCCGGCUCUGGAAGGGGGAAAGGGGUAAACCUUACCUUUUUCCAGCGCUGGGCGGGGAGCUCUCCUCCUCCGAUCCUCCUCCUCUCCUCCCCGUCGGCUGAAUGCGCACGCGCGGAAAGAGCUGCGCGCGCAUUCAGCCGGUCACAUAGGAAAGCAUUCAUAAUGCUUUCCUAUGGACGCUGGCAUGCUCUCACUGUGAAAAUCACAGUGAGAAGCACGCAAGCGCCUCUAGCGGCUGUCAAUGAGACAGCCGCUAGAGGAAAUAGGGGAAGGCUUAACCCAUUCAUAAACAUAGCAGUUUCUCUGAAACUGCUAUGUUUAUGAAAAAAUGGGUUAACCCUAGCUGGACCAGGCUCCCAAACCACCUCAUUAAGCUGAAGUGGUCUGGGUGCCUAGAGUGGUCCUUUAAGGCUUUUUUUUUUUUUUUAGCACGUUACAAAUCUGUUUUAUCACUGAAACAUGUGACUUGCAACAUAAUCUCCAAAAUACCUCUAGCCCCAGGUUUGAAAGGGAAUCUGUAUGUGAACCAGUCAGAAAAAAAAUCCUGUAAAGGGACUAGAAAAUAGACAUGAACAGUUGCAGCAGUGAAACUGGAAAUGUAGCUGCAUAACUUCCUUAAGGCUAAAGAAGAUACUGAAAACAUCAUCUGCCUUUGCAAAUGUGCCGGUUGUACUUUCAAACCAAAUAAGGCAGCAACACUGACCUGUCACGCAGAUCUAUUGCACGUACAGAAGCGUUUGUGCAUCAGCUCAUGUGGUCCCCACGCAUAACAAACCUGAUUCAAGAUGAAUACGAAGUGCGUUAACGAAGUGGAUGGUUAAAGGUGCAGUAAUAACACAUACAUCUGUAAAUUUAUGAUGGCCCCUUAAUGGUCCAGAAUUAGCCUUAUCCAAACUUAUUUUUUUUUGUGUGUCUAAGGAAAGCAAGCCACUGAGAGAGAGUAAGAUGUUGCAAAUAUUUUGUUUUAGAAAGUAGACAAUAGUUGAUGCGCUCAAGUGUAACCAAAAAGGCAGGUUUAUUGGAACAGUGUACAAAUAACUUUUCGACCCUCAGGGUGUCUCUUUCAAGCUUGAAAAAAACUCCUUGAGGGUCGAAGCAUUGCUUUGUGCACUGUUCUGAAAAACAUGCAUUUUUGGUUACAUCUUGAGUGCCUGGACCAUGGCCUACUUUCUAAAACUACAGAGUAAGGUUUGACCUACCUCAGAUCCGGUGCACCCGGGGAGCCAAUGGAGUGCAGUGUGCCUGGUUCUAUUGAAUGCAUCAAAUCUAUUUACAAAAAAAUACUAAAAGAAAGCACAGGAAGACAAAUACAAUGUGACUCAAUAAAGGUGAAUAAGAGAAGGGAGAGCCGUGAUAUCACAUGACCGUAGAGCUUAGGGUCCUGAGUUUAUGAGAUAAUAAGGAGACUUCAGUUUGACAAUUGGAUGUACAUUGUGUAUAUAUAAAAUGCUUUCAUUAGAAAUUGUUAAAAAGUAUGUCUGGAAUGUCUCAGUCCAUCCCUGAGUCUCCCAUCCCAUAAAUAUAAUGCAGUAUGGGAACCUUACCAUAAUGGCAGACGACAGUGGUGUAGUAGUUGAUUUAUUAGAAUGCACAUGUUUCUGGAAUGUCUUUUCUACCAUUUGUAACCUUGUAAGUAGUAUAAUGUUCUUGAUUCAAGUUUGUUAUCUGCAAUACUAUCUGUUUGAAUGCUGAUGCUUUAUCAUUUUACAUAGCGGGAAAAUAAAAAUUCAUAUCUGCAAUCCUAAGCACGGUUUAAUUGCCUUUUGAACCAUUGUAAAUCAGGUUAUUGUUAAAGAUUUUGAUUACAAUUGCCUCAUUUUUAGUGAUGAAAACGGUGUGUGGCUGACCUUUAACCUUAGAUAAACUCCUAAUUGCCUACUGUGCCGUAUGUUUUUGUGUGAACUGGUUAGUUCCGGUAUGCAUAGCUCCCAGCAUAGCAAAUAAACAAAAAGGGUCACUAUAUUUUAGAGGGUGUGACUGAAAGCAGCACUGUCAAUUUUAAGACUCUUCGAACAUGGUGGCUAGAAAACCACCAAGGUGACGUGUCUUUUAAUACCAUGAUGCCUGCUGGGAAUAGAAGAGGUGGAAGGUAGAAGGUAGAGGUGGAACUUACUUAAACUUCCCUCCCCUCAUUACUGCCGUCAUCACAGAAACAGAGGGACAACAUGGUGUUUGGAAUACAGUUUUGUAUUCCUAACACUGUUAUGUUCCUUUAAGGCCAACAUAGCCAAAUUGUAGAAAUUCUCUAAGUCACCUAUGCUUUCCAUCUGGCUACUCUAGUCUUAAAUUUUACAUUUAUUUUGAAUUCUCCCUUUAGUAAAUAACCCUGUUUGAAUUAUCUUCCACUAGAGGACAUUGCUUUACAAGGUCACUUAAGCCAUUUGAGUCUUUAGUGAUGGUGAAGACUCAAAGGAAAGAGUUUUCCCUCAUAAUGCUGCAUCACCAUCACAAUAGAUAUCUCAUUGUUCCUAAUCCCAGCGGUGACUUUGGUAACAUAUCUUUCUUAUGUAAUUGGGUUACGUGCCUUUCUGCUGCUUUAGAUCAUCAUGUCCAGCUUCCGACCACCCACUGUAGCUAGGUUACAAUUAGCUUUGGGAAGUGUGGUAAAAUAUUAUAGAAGCUGUCGCCCAUUGAUGGCUGGAAAGCCGUAUUUGGACCAAUUUGAAUGCCCACUCAGUACAUUUUGAUAAAUACUUUUAUUUAUUUCGUGUUUUUUUUUUUUUUUUUAAUUAAAUUUUUUUUAAUCCCUUUCAUUGCAGGAAUGUUUAGACAGCUUCACCCAAGCAUCGGAAAGUAACUUUGGGUGUCUCAUGGCUGGGGGGAAAGUGUUGGCAGCGACAGAGAAGUGGUGGAGGUUGGCUGCACAAGAGGUGAUGCUGCUGUGCUGGUUGGUGGCUUCCUUGCCUCCUCAUUCAUCAAGAGAUUAUCCUGUUUAUCUUCCUCAAGGAAGCCCUACGGUAAGAAAUGGUUCAUAAAAACCUGUAAUUUUAUGAAGGCCCCUUAAUGUAUGGGUAACAAUACAGCAUUGUAGGCUUCACAAUAUUAACACAGUGUUCCACACUCAUAGAUGAUCCACAAGGAAAGGGUUAAUAUGAAAAAUGUGCACAUUUAUUUAAAAAAAAAAAAUAUAUAUAUAUCAAGAUACAUGGCAUCACACUUGCCCAGCAGCCCUCAUGUAUGCUAAUGAUAGUACAGGCAUUACAUACAACUCAAAAAUAAUGUUAUACAACGAAGUAACAUUGUGUUCAGAGAAAAGAGAAAAAGACAAAAAAAAAAAUUUGAAAAAAUAACAAUGUCAAAUAGCCAUACUACCUGCGAUUGCUGGACUGGCGAGAGACCACCCAAGAAGACUCCCCCGAAAAAUAUAGAUCAAGCCCUGGAUGCAUUUCGCACUCUUCCUGGUGCUUUCUCAACGUUAUAAACUACCAAUAAUUAUUAACUUAUACAUUCAGUAUACUCUCCAGCAAUCUAAGAAUCUUUCAUUCCUCCUUACUUGCAAACCCAUAAACACUUUGACACACUUUGGCCAUUCACACAUAUAUUUUCACUCCAGCUAAUCAAAUUAUAAAACCAAAUCAUAUAAUGCCACAAUCAUCACAUACACAGGCACUCACUUAUUUUUACACACGUGCACGCUCCUUGAAUCCACUUUUUGUUAUUUUGUGGUUUAAUAUAAAUUGCUUUUUUUUUUUUUUUGUUGCAGACAGAUUUGUGGGCUCCUGUUAGCAGGGGUUCCAUUAUAUUAUGGUAACAUUACUCGUCCUUCCUUUCCUUCUAGGGACUUGAUCUUAUUUCUUCUACCACAGAUAACUGAUUUUCAUUACACUCGAUAUAGUCGAAUAGUCAUUGUCUUGGUCUUAGUGGGACGUUAUCGGGAAAAGUGACUUUAAAAGUGUACUAAAGUUAUAGGUAAUGACACAGAAAUCUGCCAGGAUUAUAUUUCCUUCAUAUGCUGUUUAUUUUUGUUUGUUUUUUUUAAAUCAAUUUUGAACAUCAAAUUCAGCAAAACCAGUCUUACUUGAAUCACUGCUUGUGGUUUACUGCCACUGAGCAGAAAUGGUGCAGCAUGGUGUGCUUUAUGAUUUCACAUAAUCCCACAGGCGCAAAGCAUUGAUUUUACCAGUCCAUCUACAUUCUUCCUGUAGUCUGCCUGACAGUAACACUGACUUUGAUGACCUAAGCCAGAUAAGGAGCUUAGUAUGGAAUUUCACGACCUUCUUGGUAUAUGAGCUGGUGUUAUUUAUUUAUUUAUUUAUUUUUAUUAUUUUUUUGCUGUAUCCGGACAUCAAGCCCAUUUGAUCUAUUCCACUAAUAGUAAUGUCUGCCAGUUUCUCUUUAUUGGUUACCACUCUGCAUUGCAUUGUCAUUUUUGUAUUCCUUCUACAAGCACUCACGAAUACAAAUACCAGUCCUUGCCGCUAGAACCAGUUUAUACCAGGCUCAGAAACACGUCAACAGAUGGUAGGACAAAUCUGCUGGCUUCCUUCAGUUACAGUAGCCAGUGACAGUAAACAGUUUGUCUCACACUAAUGGCAGGUGGUGUGAAAUUUCUUAACAGCUAUCUUCCUCCAUUGUCCUACCAAAGCGGCCUUUUCCUGUCUUGCACUCCUUUUUUUUUUGUUCCCUUUCCCUGUUCAUUCUACUGACAAUCUUGCCCCGUGACAUUUACCACACACACUGAUAACAAUAUUGAUAACUCUGAAUUGAAUUUCCUGUAAUUCACUCACCUGCUUAUAUACACACGCACGCACGCACGCACUCACUCACUCACACACUCUCUCUCUCACUCCUUGAAAGGUUACAAUUACAGUCACAUUGCCCCAGGGGUUUUGCCAAUGAUCACAUUAAUUUUCUUCUAUGUGAUAAAAAAAUAAUCGUGCUGUGAUAGAAGGCGCUUAGAAAGAGUAAAUUAUAAUACAAUUCACAAUAAAGUGGUAGCAGCUUACACACCAAAAGUAGGAACUCUUCAACCUACUAACAAUCAAAUGUAUACAAGAAAACACUAUUGUGCAAAUACAUGCAAAACAGUAAGGUGGAGCGCUUAAAAAUAGCAAUUGCAUGCCCACAGUCUACCAGUCGUCGUGCUUGAUGACGUCACAGUAUCGGAGAUAUUAGAAACAGCUGAGCUUUCAGACUCCCACUAGGAUCAACGUCGUGAUUGGAUGUAUCACGGACGUUCCCUCCCAAUCAGUCCCCCGUUAGGGGGUAUUUAAAUCUUGUUCUAGCAGCAUUAUGUCUACCAAUUGAUAAAGCCGAAAAACACAUCGGCGAAACGCGUCUUGGACACAGCACUGGCACUUGAGUAUACCGAUUUUAUUUUAUUGUUUUUAACAAGUUACAAUAAAUGUUAAUUUCUUUUACCAAGUGGACUAGUGAUACAUUUAUGCUGCUAUCAAGAAGGGAAGUGUCACUCUAUAUUUGACACUGUGCUUAUAUACUUGGAGCCCAGUUAAAGGCUCCUGAUAAGGUGAGAAGUAAAUCGUUAUUUUUUACCUUGCUACCUACCAUAUUAAGGAUUUCUACACCAGGGUCAGCAUUGCUUCCCUGUUUCUCCCAUUUUAUUGUCUCCACUUUGAGGUUCUUCAUCAAAUAUGGAUACUUAAAGGAUCUCAUCAUCAUUUCCAUUAAUUUUCUUCUGUCUUUUUGGUAUUUUGUAGUUUCUGGCAGCAGAAUUUACACAGAUAUUACUGGUUGUUUUUCUCAAAUUUCAUUAUUGCAUAGGAGAUUGACUUUAAUUACUCAGGCUCUCUGUGUUGAUGGGCCAUAAUCCUAAAUAAUUGCUCAAUUUCCCUUUUGUUAAUUCUCUAGUCUUGGGAUAUGAAUAUUUUAUUUUUUUAUUUUUCAGUGUAUAGAUCUUUAUUGAUUUUUAACAUGCAAGAAAAGACAGCAACAAAUUCCACAUGGUUACGCGUCAACAGUUAACACAGUAAUUAGUUAUCCAGUAAUACCAACAAUGAGUAGACAUAAAUGGUAUGAUCGGCAUAUAUUAAAGGAAUGUGCAUGUUAAUCUGGAAUCUGACAUUGUAUGCUUUUAGACUUUAUAUGUAAUUGUUUACAUAUAACCAGGUUUGUCCUGUACUGCACUAAAGUAUAUGGAACAAUUUCGUAACAUGAAGAAACUAAAAUGAGAGAGAAAGAUAGAGAGAACAGUUAGAAGGAGAUACAAGAAUUAAGGAAUAAUCAUCCCGGAAUCCUGAUUCAUGGCUAGUGUGUAUAUGAGGGGAGAAAGGAGAAGACCGGGUGGGAGGUGAUUCUUGUCAACGUACACUGAACUGGCUGGAAAUUCUUUGACAAUUGGUCACAGAUCAGCCGCAAGCAGUAGGUACAGAGUGGAAUACACUGUCAUUUCUGUUAGCAGGUUACUUCAUAGACGUCUAUUCUGCUGUGCUUUGUGGGACGUAUGCCAGAGAGAUUUCAGAGGUACAAGUCCCUAGUGGUUGUCCAAGUGCACCAUGUUUUUUGAUGACAUGUCAGUUUACCCUGUAAGCGGGAUGCCACCUGUUCUUGUUGGCAGAUAGACUCCAUCCUUACUUCUACUUCUCUUAUAGAAGAGGUGGAUAUUAAAACAUUUAAUUUAAACCAAAACCAGCUAGCCCUGGCUCAUGCUCCAUUUGUAAUUUGGGAACGAAUAAGUGAAAAUAUUUAGACCUGCUUUGAUGUAUGCCUAUAGGGAUAUUAUACGAGAUAUUAGUGUAAGAAAUUAGCAGAUUUGGACCACAUCCCACAUAACUAUCUGUGCAUGGGUCCCAAUUUGGCAGCCGAUGAUUUUUAUGGCAAGAUGGAACAUAAUAGAUUAAAUUAUAAAAAUGGAUUUAAAUAGGUCUAUUCUACAAUCAGCCAUUGAAAUGACAAUAUAUAAUGUUAUGGAAAAACAGCAUAUUGUAAACAAGAAAUGCUGAAUAUGUUAUAAAAAUAUUACAUCUGUUAUAAAAACAUCCCUAGUGCCGUAACUAAUUACGGGGUGCAUUCCAUGAUUAACCCACCAGGCAGAAUCCCUGCAUCCCAACUGUCCUCCGUCGAGGGGGAAUUACACAGUUCUCACUUUACUGCCAUUUUCAUCACACCUUGCACGUUUAUAAUAUUGCUCCAUUUCAUCAGAAUAAUGCACAUUGAUUAUAGUCCUUUAUCCAUUCAUUCUUAUUUUUAUUUAAUUCCAUCUUCCCACGAAUAUUAGCUGUAGGUAUUGCUGCCUUUACACAGUAGCGUUUUGUGUGUGUUUUUUUUUUUUUUUUAAAUGUUUCUUUUAUUACAGUGGUGUAUGAUCACCUGUUUACCGGUUUAGAGCAACAUUUAGGGGAUUACCCCCCUUUCCAAGAUAUUAUUAUUAUUAGUAGUAGUAUUUAUAUAGUGCCAACUAAUUCCGCAGCUCCUUACCUUAUGAAAAGGGGGGAAAUUUACAAUAAGUGAGACAAUUACACAGUGAAACAGGAACAAUAGGUAGAUGAGGGCCCUGCUCAAAUGAGCUUACAGUUUAGAGGAGGUGUGGUACAGAUAAACAACAGGGCAGCAGGGGUGACAGCCACCAAACAAGGUGGAAAAGUAGCAGAACUGGAGGUGAGAAUGGAGUAUGGCUCUUUAGGAGAGCAAGAGACAGAUAUGCAUAGGUAUAGAUAAGUUACUUUGGGAGUCCAUAAGCAUUUCUGAACAGAUGUGUUUUGAGGGACAUUUUAAACAAUUGAAGACUAGGGGAGAGUCUGAUGGGGGUAGGCAGGCUGUUCCAAAGGAAGGGAGCCGCCCACAAGAAGUCCUGCAAGCGCGAGUUGGCAGUAAGGGUGUGAGCAGCAGACAGGAGAAGGUCACCAGAAGAGCGGAGAGACAGAGAAGGGGCAUAUCUAUGAAUCAGGGAAGAAAUGUAAUAGGGGCUACAGUUGGUUAGAGCUUUAUAAGUAUGGGUUAGUAUUUUUAAAUGACACCUAUAGGAUACAGGAAGCCAGUGUAAGGAUCGACAGACGGACAAGGUAUGGGAGGAGCGACUGGUGAGAAAGAUCCGCCUAGCGGUAACAUUCAUUACUGAUUGUAGCGGGGCAGUUCGGCUUCUAUUCGGCAAAUAUUAAUAGUAGGUCAAAUAGGGGUGAGAGAGUCUACAUUGGGUUGGCUAGGGUCAGGAGCAUGUCGUCUGCAUAAGCAGAGACUUUGUAUGUCCUGCCCAGUACAUUUAAUGAUGGAGGUGCUCUAGUGACAGUGCAAACAGAAGCAGUGAAAGCUGACAUCCCUGUCUAGUCCCAUUAUGUAAAAUGAAGGGGGAGCCUGUUGACUAUGAGAUGGCUAUCCGCACCUGUUGUUCAGCAUAUAGUGCUCUUAUAAGGUCUUUGUACGCUCAUGGGAAGUCCCAAUUCAUUAAUAAACCAAAACAACAUGGUCAUGGUCUGCAUCCAAGAACAAGACCAGAGAAGGCAUCACAAAUUAGCUGCCCAGAUCAAGUUCACCGUCCUGCUAGUAUUCUCAAGGACUAUUUGGUUUGAACUUGACUUGGUUGGAAUGUAUGAGGUUCUGCAAUAGUAAGUUUAUUUUAAGCGCAUGUAUAUUUGCCAGAAGUUUCGCAUCCAUGUCGCUCAGGGAGAUUGGCUUAUAGUUGCAGAUUAAUUGGUGAUCUUUGCCCCCUCUUUUGGUACUAGGAUCACAUUCACUAGCUUUGUUUCCGGAGAGAGGGGUUGGCCUUCCUUCAGUUUCUUAAAAAGAUAGAUGAAUGUUGAGACAGGACAUGGUUUCCUGAUGGUUUUCUAGUAACAUUUUCUCCAAGCCAUCAGGACCUGGGGCUCUAGAUCCAGUUAGCGAAAUUAUGGUCUGCCCACUUCGUCUUGUGUGAUAUCCAACUCUAAGCCGGGCUUCCCCAAACUCCGGCCCUCUACAUGUUGCUGAACUACAACUCCCAUGAUUCUAUGAAUGAAAUAGAUAGGCUUAGAUUUAUAGGAGUUGUAGUUCAGCAACAUCCGGAGGGCCGGAGUUUGGGGAAGCCUGCUCUAAGCUAUCCAGACCCUCUUAGGAUAAGGCUAAGUUGCAGCUUUUUAUAGAACACCUGGAGUGCUCAUAUGUAUUCAGAUUUAUUUUCAUUGUGGGUAGGUGAAUGAUAGUACAUGUAUAACAUUUUGUAAAUGCCUCUCUAAUGUUAUCCGUGGUAGUGGCCAGAACACCUUCCUUACUCUUAUUCAACGUUAUUUGCCUAAGCCCGGUUCGCAAGCAGAGAACUCAUCUUGGUGGAUUUCUCAUAGAAAUGCCUCUGAGACCACAUCACUUGUAGGGCCACAUCAUCCUACGCACUGCCUGCAGUUCUCUCAAAGACGGGUGGCUGGGGUUGGACUUGUGCGUGGAUUCCAGUUUAUACAGGAUGGCCUGGAAGACCAGCAGCUGCUUUAUGUUUUCCUUCAUUUUAUGGGAUGCUGCUGCUAUAAAAUGACUCCUAAUUAUGGCCCUAUGGGCCGACAACCCAGUGGAGUAGUUCAGUUAUCCCUCAGGACCCUAAAAGCCUCUCGAACACUUUCCUAUCCCUAAGUAAGGAGGUGUUUAUGCUGCACAUUCACGAGGACGCUCUCUGAGGGGGGUUUAAGGUAAUCGCAACUGUUUGAGAGUGACCAGUAAGAGCUCUGUCCUGGAGUGGGUGCCAUUUGGUGUUGAGUAGAAUGUGUAGUCUCAUGUAUAUGCGUGUUGCACCCUCCAAUAUCUUAACCUCAUUGUGCUGCCACUUUGUGGCAAACAGGGAGGCUGCAGAUAUUUCUUUCCCUUCUGCAUAUGCAACUGUGGGGUUUUGGCACACAUAGCUGACACUUGUACUGUUUCCACUACAGUGGGCUCCAGGAUGUGAGGUGGGUAGGGGCAUUUGUUUGUUUUUUUGGCAAUCUUUAUUUUCAGUUUUGUUAACGGGACAAAAAUAAUACAGUGCAAAAAAGUUUUGGCAAGUAUUUGAUAUCCGCAAAGAAUUACAAACAAUAAUAAACAUUGGACACGUAUCUACUUUAGUACAGGUUAAAGUACAUAUUAGUAAGACAUACUGUGAGAAGUCUUGUGGAACCAGCAUGAACAUCAGUACUAUGAGGAGAUCACCUUUGAGUGAUACUGCCUUAUACAAGUCUCCUGACAGUGUCCACAAAACAAUCCCGUCACCCAACUAAGUCAAUAUACUACCUAAUGAAAAGCAAUGUCUCCAUCCACAAGACUCCACCGAGACGAUGGCAGAAGAAUGACAUGGAGAUCGAAGAAAAAAAGAGGGGAGUGAUAGCCUGUAUACUGCGUCGACGUGCGAACUACCUCUCAGAGGUAGUUGUGAGCGUUUCCAUGUCAUAUAUCUCCUUCACCUUCACCAUUCACUGCUGGAGAGUGGGCACCUCUGUGAAACGCCAUCUAACCGGGAUUAAUAGCUUGGCAGCAUUAAGAAAAUGUUUGGUUAACGAUUUCUUUUUUUUUUUUUAAAAACAUUCUUUAUUUGUUGAUGCUCAGUAGAGUAAAUGGGGUACAGAAAUGAAAGGGUGGGGAGCAGUACAUUAAAUCUGAUUCGGUUUAACAGUUGUAAUUGUUUAGACAAUACAUUUUCAGUUUGUUUUGUUCAUAGGGCUUGCGCAGAAGCUGUUAUUACAUUUAGCGGUCCCAGUCCCCGUGUUUGGUGUGGGGUUUGGUACGUGUUGGGGUGAGACUUGGGUUUGCGUUUUUGGCCUCUGAUGUGGUUCCCCUCAGUUCUCCAUCUCGGCCUUAUUUCGGUGCCUGUGGUAUAGGGGGUGACUGGGUAUGGGGUAUUGGACCUUACAGUUGUUGCUGGUAUGUCGGAUUCUUUUCACCUGAUAGAGUUUGGUGGUGAUGCAGCAGGGCUGUGGGUUCAGGUGGGGGGGAAACCAACUGGGUAGGUUAAGAACCUAUGUACAGGUGUCAACAUACCAUGGUGGGGUUUGGCUUAGGGUGGUGAAGGUGCACCCAAUGAUCAGGGCUGUGGGUUCAGGUGGGGGGGAAACCAACUGGGUAGGUUAAGAACCUAUGUACAGGUGUCGACAUACCAUGGUGGGGUUUGGCCUAGGGUGGUGAAGGUGCACCCAAUGAUCAGGGCUGUGGUUGUAUGACUAUUGUCAGGCCUUGGUGAUAUGGGAGCGGUUUUAGUCUGUCGAGUGAGAAGGGUGGGGCAAUGGCAGAGUGGUGUACGUCUGUGGCCCUGUCAUUGUAGGUGGGGUUCGUUUAGCCACGGGUCCCAUAUUUUGUGAAAUUGUUUGGAGGUUUCGUGUAGUUUGGCUGAGAUCCUGUCCAUGUCUUCCACUUCCCUGGUUUUGUGUAUGAUUGUUUGUAGUGUGGGGACAUUUGGUGUGCCCCAGAGUUCUGCCACUGCCCGUCUCGUUGCUAGGGCUAUUCUUUGCAUCAUUUUGUUUUGGGCUCUGGACAGGUCCUCUCUUGGCCUGGAGAGGAGCCAUGUCCAUGGGUCUAGUGGUAUGGUGGUUUGUAGAAGCUCUGAAACUAGUGAGGCCACUUCUGUCCACAGUGGGGCCAGUUUGGGACAGUGCCACCAGAGGUGUAUGUAUGUGCCCACGUGUCCACAUUGUUUCCAACAGAUGGUUAAUGAUUUCUUGUAAAUCGAGAGGGGCAUUUUAAUCGGAUGAAGGUGCAUCGGGAGAGGCUGGAAAGGGAGGUCCAUAUCUAGGAUGUCUCUAAUCACCUCGUGUACAGCAGUCCAAAAGGACUCCAAUCUACUGGGCGAUCACCAAUAACUUGUAUUUUAGUUCCUGUUGUUUGGAACAUAUAGCACUCUGGUGAAUGUGAACCUUCUUCCACUGUUGGUCUGAAAACAUAACUGUGACUCGUUCUCACCUGGCCAUAUUAUUUCAUGGGUUAUAUGUAAUGUUGACACUCCAUCCAGGGUUAUGGUGCAGGUAUAGAGGUCACCCUUUCUAAUAACCCCUAACAACGUAAUCCAAUAAUACAAAAUAUACCACACUCAUAAAUAGAUGCAAAAUAUAUAUUUUUAGUACAAAAAAACCUUUCUACAAUAGUAUAUAAAGGGAAAGACAAAAAGGCUACAACAAAUGUGAAGCCCAAAGUGCAACUUGCCCUGUACCUAUGCAGUAUAAUAUAGACUUAAUAAGAAGAAACAUGUCAAAAAAUACAUAGGUAAACAAAAAUUAAAUUAAUCAACCCCUUGUUUAGAGCAGUAGUGACUGCAUGAAUGGUCAAUAACUGACUGAACCAGUCAGAUGCAGAAUACACCUUGACAUAUAAUCCACUGAGAGUUAUGUACAUACAGAUAUCCUGGAAUAAGAAAAAAAAUCUGAAAAAAAUAUCUAUACAGAAAAUAGAAAAAAGGAAAAAUGUGAAAAAAAAACAAAAACUGAAAAAUGUGUAGCUCGAAACAGGUUGGAUCUCACCCAUAUGGAAAAAACACCAGUCCUGGUCCAGUGGGUGAGUAUAUCCACUAAAAGUGGUGAUGGUGGGAGGUUGAUUCUUCUGUAUGGGUAGUCUAUGUGGAGCUAAAUGUCCACAUUGCAGUAUGGCUCCAUCCAGGGGAUGUAAUCCUCCGUUGGGUGUGCAGUUUAGGCAUGGGUACAGGCGUUGCCAUACUGCAACGGGCAUUUGGCUCCACAUAGACUACCCAUACAGAAGAAUCGACCUCCCACCAUCACCACUUUUUCCAUUAUUGUUUUACAUAUGAGUAAGGAGGCUGAACAACUUAAGCAAUUGAGGACACCACACCCAAAAUCCAGCACUCCAUAAAGACAUUUACCUCUGUGUGAGACUUUGUUUUUGGCUUUUAGUUCAUCUUUUUGAUGAUUUUAUUAGAACUUUAGUCCCACUGAGUUAGUGAGUUAUAUUGUCUUAGGACUAUUGUGUAUAUACUAUUAUGACUACUUUUAUUAUUAAUACCUACCUCUUUGCGCAUCCCUUAUUCUGUUUUUUGUGUCACAUGUUUUAUCUUCAGAGGGUUUGAGGGUUACCCUUUGUUGGGCCACUGCCUGUAUUCUAUUUAUAUUCGGGCUGACCCUUCUCGCACUCUUUUUCACAUUUGUUGUAGCCUUUUUGUCUUUCCCUUUAUAUACUAUUUUAGAAAGGUUUUUUUGUACUAAAAUAUAUAUAUUUUGCAUCUAUUUAUGAGUGCGGUAUAUUUUGUAUCACAUAUUUCAUGGGCUCUUUCGGAAGUAAUGUGUAUAAAACAGUGAUUACUCUAGGUGGGUGUUCCUGAGCUACGCGCAAUUCUUUAAAUGUCGUCAGUUUCCUGUGGAAUAGUUGUCAUUCAUUCAUAACUUGGGAAUAGCGGAAUCUGUCCAGUCCUGUCAGGAAUUUGUUCGGGAGCAGGUCAGGAAGUGGAGUCAAUAUGUUCAAGGUGCACCAUUGUCACAUGUAAGUCCAAUCAGACUCGCUAAAAGCACUAAUGGUGUGAAUCUGUCCGCAACCGGGUAUGGGUGUUUGAUACCAUUUGCUGGGUGCCAGGAGCAGAUUAUGCCGAAGCUAGCAGAUUAUUCACUUUGGCAUGGUAGACAGGUCCCUAUACUAGUGAGUUUUUAAGCAGUUAUGCUUACUGGUUACUUGAGUUUGCACUUUGUCCUUCGGAAGAUAUAAUGCAGUUCUUAGAUGAUGUCUCUGGUGAUCCAGUUUUAUUUUUUUAUGAAGUUAUUUAAAAAUGCUGAGGUAUCAAGCAGAGGUUCUUGAGAAUUCUAACUCAAAAUGACUUACAAUUAUUCAUCCUGUGGUAACAGAAUUAGGAUUAUUUCCUUCACUAAAUCAUUGCUUCAAAUGAUGUACAGUGCUUGAAAUGACAUUUUGUACUUUCAACAACAUGGCCUUGGAACAAAAUCCUACAUCUAUAAUAUAGGUCUAUGAUUAAGUGGUUGUAAUUGUGAAAUGUGUUGGGGCACUGUGCCACUCCUUUCUCCCGCUUUUCUACUUUUUUUCAUUCAUGCCAAAAUUGAAUAUUCUCCUACUCUAACUUGGUAUUGCUUAAGAUCUCAUUUUUUUUUUGCUUGUGAAUUGCACUUUACUUGAUCAACAUACAUAGACAAAAAUUAUCAGAUUUGUUUUAAUUUUCCUGUCUUUGCUUCUUUUAAGGUUCCUCACAGACUUCUGACUUUUCAGUUGGUGCCUGGGGUAGAUGUAUGUGUUCUUUGUGGGCCAAGUCCAACUCUGCAGAAGGUUGAAACAGAGGUAGGUCCCUAGCUAGAGAUUACUAAAGUGUACCUAUCACAGUACACAUGAGUUUCACUCUUUUAAAAGAAAUUUUAACUUCUCACAUAUUGUUAGCGUUCUUUCCUGACCAGGCUCUGCUUACAGUUUGCCAACCAUAUCUUUACCUGGAGAACUUAACAUUUUAUACACAGACUCUUGUUGAUUCAACCGGUUGGAAAGAAUAAUCAAACUGACAAACAGAGUUUCAGGUGCAAUUUGACAAUUUGUUAAUUUAUUGAUAAAAGCACAGGGUUUAUGAAGGUAUAGUUUCAAUAGAUCUAUGAGUGGCACAGAAUCAAAAUAAUACUAACACUUACUUGGUUAGUAAGUUAUAGGGAUGUGCAUGGGCAAAAAAUUUGAUUUGGUUCAGCAGUUCUGAAAUUUGGGACUUCGGCAGUUCCCUAACCCUACCCGGAAACCCUACAACCAAAACAACUUUAGCUUAAAGGAACACUAUAGUGUCGGGAAUACAAAUGUGUAUUCCUGACAUUAUAAGUUUAAAAUAGCAGUUAAGGCCCUUCAAAUUAAAAAGGUGAUUUACUUACUUUUAUUCCAGCGCAAAGGGUAGAGUCGCAGCGGGCCCCGAGCCCUCUCUGCCCCCUCGGCUGAGAUAAUCAGACUAUAUGAUCUCAGCCAGUCAAUUGCUUUCUUAUAGAAAAGCAUUUCAAGGCUAUCGCGCAUGUGUAUUAAAACGCCACUCUGCCCCAAUCAGCAUCUCCUCAUAGAGAUGUAUUGAAUCAAUGGGGAAAGUUCAGCUCCUUCGUGCAGCACUGACCCAGGAAGCACCUCUAGUGGCCAUCUGAGUGAGUCUGAGAAGCAGGUGUUUACAUUAAUAUGUCUGCAGGGACAGACUAAACACACCAGAACAACUACAUUAAGCUGUAGUUUUUCUGGUGACUAUAAUGUCCCAUUAAUGAAGUAGUUUUGAUGUAUAGAGCAUGCCCCUGCAGUCUCACUGCUCAAUUAUCUGUCAUUUAGGAGUUAAAUCACUUUUUUAAUGCAGCAAUAGUCACACCUUCCGGUAUGAGACUUACACAGCCUUCCUAAACACUUCCUUAAAAAGAGUCAUCUAAUGGGAGUGUCAUCUAAUGUUAACACUUCCUUUAUUGCAAAUUCUGUUUUAUUUAGAAUUUCUUUUCUCCUGCUCUGUUAAUAGCUUUCUAAACCCUGCAGAAGUCAUCUGUGUGUGUGUGAUUAAAGUUCAACUUACAGAGCAGGAGAUAAAAACUUUAAAAGUAAGUUAACAUCUAUGGGAAAAUGAAAGCAUUUUGUUUUCACAGGCUGUGUCAGUCACAGCCAGGGUAGGUGUGGCUAGGGCAGUGAAUUGAGCAGUGCAACCUCUCUGCAUGAUCUAGCUAUAGAUAUAGAGGCACGAUCUCUACACAAAAACUGCUUAAUUAAGCUAAAGUUGUUUUGGUGACUGUCCUUUUAACCCAUUAAUUGCUGCUCACCAAAUAAAUUCUUAAUACCCUUAUAUGUUUAUAUUUUAUCACUGCAAACAUUAUGCUCUAUAUUUAGAUAUGUGUAAAGCAUCUUUAGUACUAAACUUAACCCUUGAUGUUAUGACGCACUAUAGUCGAAUGUUGUGGCAGAUGGGUAUAAGAUAACAGUAGAAAAACAAGUUUAUCUGAGGUUAUGUAGCAGGCAAAGUUAGUCAACAUAUUUAGUAUUUAACUUAAAAACGUAUUCCUUCUUGUUAAUUUUUUCAGAGUGGUAUAAUUUUAGAAUGUUUCAGAAUAUCUAACACAAACAUAGUGCUAGCAGAGUUUGAUAAAUUUAUAGAUUGGAAGAAUAACCUACUUAAAGGGACACUAUAGUCACCAGAACAACUAUAGCUUAAUGUAGUUGUUCUGGUGAGUAUAAUCCUUAUAUACCGGCAUUUUCAUGCAAACCUUUUCAGAGAAAAUGCAGUGUUUACAUUGGGACACCCUAGGGACACCUCCAAGUGGCCACUCCUCGGAUGGUGCUGCACACACUCUGCAUGGGGACGCUGAAUUCUCCUUAUAGAGAUGCAUUAAUUCAAUGCAUCUUUAUGAGGAGGUGCGGAUUGGCCAAAACAGCAUUUGGCCCCGCCCCCUUGCCGAUUUUAGUCUAUCCAAUGCUUUCUCCAUUUCUGUUUAUGUCUCCAAGGGGGUGGGGCUAGUGCCGGCUGACCCACACGGCGCUGGAAGUAAGGUGAGUUUUGUUACCUUUUUAGGGGGCAAAGAAGAGGGGGGGCAAGGCACCCUAAUGGUGGGUUUAACACUUUAGGGUCAGGAAUACAUGUUUGUGUUCCUGACCCUAUAGUGUUCCUUUAAAGAGAUACUCUGUGUACCAAAAUACAUUCUCUACCAAUAAGGAGGUAACUCCCUUUGUUUAUGCAGCCCUAUUCACACCUCCCCUGGCUUUGACUCACACAGCCUCCAUAUACACUUCCUGAAAAAGACAUGUUCACUGGGAACCCAUACAUAUACAGAGUAUGUUUCCUUUAGAAGUUAUUUUUGUAGGUUCUGUUAAUUGCUUGUUAAGUGCAAAGCAGCCUCCUGUCUGAGAUUCUCGAACAAGAAAUCAAAGCUUCCAAGCCUACAAACUCGUUUGUGCUGAAUUAGGUCCCAGAAUGUGCUUCUGCAGUUUGAAGAUUUAAAGAAAAAAAUAUUUUACUCUUAUAAUUUAUUCAUAUAAUUUAUUAAAUUAUUUAAUAAUAAUAUAUAAUAAUAUAUAUAUAUAUAUAUAUAUAUAUAUAUAUAUAUAAUAUGAUUUCCCAAUAUUUUCUUUCAUAAAUGUAUUUUAGUAGAGCUUGCAAAUUCGCUUACGGUGUCCACAGUGCUAUUGAGAAGCAUUUAAUUAGACAUUGCCAAGCAUCAGCAACCAAGUUUGUGAUAUGCAAAAAAGGGUUGUUUUAACUUGGCUACAUAACUUGCAAAAGAGGUAGGAUUUAAGGGACUUAAUACAAUUAUUUAGAAACAUUUAAUAAAUGCAUCAAAUGCGAUAAAAACAUGCAUUUUUUACUUAGACCUUACUUUUAAAAAUAGGUCCCUCUCCUACCUGUCAAUCAGUUCUGCAAGAUUGAGUCAACAUACACCUAGAUUUCAAGAAUUACUUGGCAGGAGACAGAAUGAGAACCCUCUUACAGAUGCUUCUCCUGCACUCCUCACAGUGUACUGUGGUUGCUGUAGCUACCCCCUAGCCAGCAUUUCUUCUGCUUACUAGAAUAGUGUUGCCAUGGAAUGACUGACAUCACUAAUUCACAUGAUGCAAUGAAGCCAACCUAUUGCCUUCAUAGGAUAGGAUUGCUCUAUUAGUUAGCCUUAUCCGGACUGCAGGUGGUUGUUAUAAAUUGUGUUACAGCCACGGUCAGUUGGACUGAAGGUAACUAAAGAUUUUUCUCAGAGUUUUUAAUUUAAUAGAUCAUAUUUCUCUAUGGCAACCUGUAUAUUCACAGUCUGCUGAAGGGAAUUAAGGGGUCCUCUCAUUAUUCUAUAAUAAGGUCACAUUGUAAUGGUGUUAGAAUUAUUGCAUACUUCAUGUAUUUUACAGCAGGUAUACACAGUUUCAGUCUCUCCAGCCUUCAUGUACCAUGAUUUUGAUGAUGCCUUAUCACUUACUACCUGCCCUUUCUUUUUUUAUGUAGCUGGUGGAAAGGUUCUGGAAACCUGUUUUGGAUCCCAUUAAGUCAUGUUUGAGAGUACAGAUGAGAUCUUUCCCGGCCUCCGUGCCCCUGCAUCAUGGUAUUCAGGGGUAAGCACAACACCAUUUAGUGGGUAUAAUCCAUAAUACAUAUCAAACAUGCAAAUGAAAUACAACUUUGCAAACACUCACUAGCCAGAUAUCCAGAAUAAAAAUAUAAUGCACGUAAUUUCUUAUCACUGAUUGAUUGUUUUGAUUAUUCAUGUCAGCAGUAUUGUCUGUGAGCUUUAAAGAGAUUAGUGCAAUUUUGCACUAGCUAAAAUACUUUGUGUGUGGAGUGUUACAUGAAUUGUUAUUCCUUGCAAGAACGAAUGCUUUCUGUGGGAUGACCACCAGGGCUUGCAACAUUAUGUCCCCCCAUCCUUGGUAAAAGGUAAGAAGAAGGGAGUCGGAGACAGAUAGAUUUUCACAUCUCACCCACCUACACACAUCAUAGAUCUUAUGCACCCUUCACACACAAACAAACACUACAACCUUCACACACACUCCUCACCCACACAUUACACCCCUCUCGCACACACACUCCACCUCUCGCGCACACACACACUCCACCUCAGGCGCACACACACACACUCCACCUCAGGCACGCACACACACACACACACACUCCACCUCAGGCGUGCACACACACACACUCCACCUCAGGCGUGCACACACACACACACACUCCACCUCAGGCGUGCACACACACACACACACUCACUCCACCUCAGGCGCACACACACACACUCUACCUCAGGCGCACACACACACACUCCACCUCAGGCGCACACACUCCACCUCAGGCGCACACACACUGCCCACUCACACAAACCACUUGACUACUAUCAUGUAGGCCCCCCUGGUGCUGCCAAAACAGCUCUGAUGCAUUAAGACAAGGACUCCACAAAACCUCUGAACAGAACCAUUAAGUCCUGCGAGAUGUGGCCUCCAUGGAUCUGAUUUGUUGUUCAAGCACAUCCCACAGAUUCUCAAUAGGAUUGAGAUCUGGAGAAAUUGGCGAUUAAGGCAACAUCUUAACUCUGUCAUGCUCCUCAAACCAUUCCUGAACAAUUUUUGCAGUAUGACAGGGUGCAUUAUCCUGCUUAAAGAUGCCACUGCCAUCAUGGAACACCAUUGUCAUGAAGGUGUGUAUGUGGUCUGCAACAGUCUCUUGGUGGGUGAUACGUGUCAAAGUAACAUCCAUAAGAAUGCUAGGACCCAAGGAUUCCCAGCAGAACAUUGCCCACAGAAUAACGUUGCCUCCAUCGGCUUGCCUUCUUACCAUAGUGUAGACUGCUGCCAUCUCUUCCCCAGGUAAAUGACGCAAACGCACCCAGCCAUCCACCUGAUUUAAAAAAAAAAAAAAAAUGUAAUAUCAAACCAGAAAACAUUCUUUCAUUGCUCCAUUGUCCAGUUUUGACAGUCACGUCCCCAGGCACUUUCUGCUGUGGACUACGCAGUCCCGUAAACAGCAAAUUGCUGUGUACUGUCAUAUGUUCUGACACAUUUCUAUAAUUUGCAGCAUUACAUUUUUCAGCAAUUUGAGCUACAGUAGCUUUUCAGUCGAAUUGGACCGGACUGGCUAGCCUACGCUCCCCACUUGGGUGCCCAUGACCUUGAUGGCAGUUCAUAGGUUGCCCUUCCUUGAACCACUUUGUCAGUGAACUGAAUGUUCACUUGCUAUCUAAUAUAUUCCACCAUUUGGCAGGUGCCAUUGUAAUAAUAUAAUCAUUGUUAUUCACUUCACCUGUCAUUGGUGGUAAUGUUGUGGCUGAUCAGUGUAUAUCUUAUGGCAGGGGUGGGCAAUCUGCGGCCCUCCAGAUGUUUUGGACUACAUCUCCCAUAAUGCUCUUAAGGCAAUAAUGCUAGCAAAGCAUCAAGGAAGAUGUAGUCCAAAACAUCUGGAGGGCCGCAGAUUGCCCACCCCUGUCUUAGGGUAAACCACAGGAGAAAACUUCCUUUAAAUGCAUUCGUUAAUUCAGUAAAUACCAGGUGAAAGAAAUAGUAAGUAACUACGUCCAUGAUUCAAGUUAAUUAUUUAAUCACGCAGAAAGUAAUUGUAGACCCGUUGGUUAAUGUUUUAUUAGGCACAGAUCUAAAUUCAGUUGGGAAAUUUGUGAUAGUGUUGUUUUUAAUCGUAUUUCUGUCAGAAAACUGGUGCACUUACAACAUAUUUACAGGGUUAUUUACUAAAGUCAGAACUGGAAUUCAAAGUGAAUUUCAAAUUUAAAAGGACACUAUAAGCAUUAAAACAACUUUAGCUUAAUGAAGCAGUUUGGUUAUAUAGAUCAUGCCCCUUGCAAGAAAUACAUCACUGUAUGCUGGCUUUGGCAAUAAAAAAAAAAGUGAAUUGUUUUUCAUUGGGGUUAAAGCAAUAAACCAGUUGCAAAAGCUGUAGAUCUCGUGUCUGCAGCCCUUGCAAGUCCUCCCCUCCUAACCCUGCCCUGAAUUUCUAUACAUGCCCAAUCACAGAAUUCCCAAUGCAGCUCAAUGAGAAGUCUUUGCAAGGCAGGAGCUCUGGGAAAUUGCUGCCUCUUGAGUUUAGUUCCACUGAGAUAAACAAACCAGGAAGUAACAGGACCUGUUAUCUGAUUGACAGCCUGUGGAUAAAUGGUUCAUAAAAGUGCCAAUUUCUUUAAACAUGUUUUUGCAAAGUAAGAAAAAAAAGAGGACCCACUCUUCUCACAUAAUGUACUUCAGCAAGGUGAAAUGCUCUAGGAAUGUCUGGAGGUUUUAGCUUAUUUUAUAAUGCAGGAGGUCCUUUUUGUCUAAACCAACCUAUUCCACCCACUGUCUGCAUGUAGAGUUCUCAUUUAAUUCAAAAAAGAGUGGACGUUAAUGCUCCUUUCCUGCUUUACUAAUAUGCCUGAACCAACUGGAGAAUAUAUGGACAUUGGUCUUCUUUGUGAGUCAGUGGGGCAUCAGUCAACACAUCCAGCCACUGGGACAUUUGGGAAAGUAGGAGAUUGGUCUAUAUAGCCAACCAGUGGAACAUUGGUCUUUACAGAUGGCCACUGAGACAUCUAUGGCGACUGGGGCAUAGAUCUUGCUGCUUGGACUGUGUUGACCACAUGAAGGCCAUUGGCAGUGGCACCAGUGUUAAUAUAGUUGACUUUUACCUGCUCUCUAAACAUAAUGAACUUCUCUUUCAUUGCAGACUAUUACUGGUUAACCGGGAUUUCAAUAAAAGUUUAUACACUGUUCAGGCUCACCCAGUGGAAGCUAUGCAAGCACCAGGUAAUUUUUUAUUUUUUUCAUAAGCCCUCUUUUAUUCAAAUGGGAAAUUUUUCCUGUAAACAAUUACUCCAUUGUGUGUGCUUUGAGCUGUUUGGUCUGAUCAAGUGAUCUUAAAUAGAAGUAGAAAAAGGUACUUUUUUUAUUCUGGUUUGCUUGAAAUAAAGGCUAUUGUUUAAAAAAGCCACUCCUGUAUCUGUCGCAGGUCGUGCAUAUGAAGCUGUAUUUUUAUGAAAUCAUCCUGUUUUACAGGAUUGUUUUUAUUUUUUUGAUGUGAACUUCAUUAUAAACAUACUAUGUAAUGUAAAAGUUCACACUCAUCUGCCGAGGGUAAAAACAAAACAGUCAGUAUGCAGCUGAACAUGUUUUCCAUCGCGACACAAACUCCUUAUCCAUUACUGUGUACAAAAAGUAAUCUAAGGUAAUAUAAUUUCAAUAUGUAAAAAGCAAGAGUACACACUAUAUGCUGCCAAAUACAAAAAGACCCUUUAAGGGAAAGUGUUCCCUAUCAAGACACUUGAGAUUAGUAAAAGCAAAAAAGAAAAAACAAAAAGGGUACUAAAUAAAAUAAAAUAAAUAGAUAGAUAAAGGCUGUAUAUAACCAAACACCAAAUAGGUGAAUAAUAGGAAUAUUAUACAACCUUAGAUAACAAUGUGUAUAUUUUACUGAAUAUCCAGCACCCCAUUUGUGGAACUCUGGAGCUUCCUGCUAGCCUUUGAAGUCAUGGAAAAUUACAGUAUCUGUAUAUGCAAGUAACAACAGUAAACUUAGUCGUUUAUUUAAUUCUAUGUACUGUCAUGGUUUGUAUAUUUGAUUUAUUUAUGCAUAUUAUUUAUUUAUCUCCUCCCUCCCCCACAGAACUGCAACUUACUUUGGAACAGAGACGAUCAGCUCUGCGCACCUUUUAUACUCUUGCCAUCUCACGCUAUUUCACAUCAGACUCCAGCGAUGGAAAAACAAGUAUCGGUACGUUUUUAUUUUAAUUGUAGGGCGUCUCAAAGAUCUAUACAGUUGUAAUUAAAAGGGAAACAAUUUCUCUGGAAAUUAAAUCACAGAAUAAAAUAUUGAAUAUUAAUUGUGUUAAUCAGUUUUUAAUGUGACACUUAUUUUCCAUAUAUACGUAUAUUAAAAUUGCAGCAAUUAUCUUCACGCUCUAUUUUAAUCCUAGCAAAGCCUGGGAACAUAUUCAGAAGUCAAACCAUUGUUCUAGCUGUCACAAUGUUUCUACUUUGUCUUUUAGAAUUCUAAUGAAAUACUCCUUAUUUUAGUGGGCUUGUACAUGCAUAUGCAGCUUAUCACUGAUCUCUAGAGGACACAGGAACAUUUAUCUUUUUUUUUUUUGGAGAAAGAAUGACACACACACACUGAUCAAACUACAGCAAGCAUGUCAAACUCAAAGUCUAGCACGGGCCACAUAAACAAGGUUUAAGUUUAUGUGGGCCGGAAAAAAAAAAACACCUUAAAUUUUAAUCGAAACUUAGGUUUAUUUAGAAAAGUACAGUGUAAAAAAAACAGCAUCCCCCUCUACUAAACCACAGCACCCCCCUCUACUAAAUCCCAGUCCCGCCCUCUACUAAACCACAGCAACCCCCUCUACUAAAUCCCAGUCCCGCCCUCUACUAAACCACAGCAACCCCGUCGGAAUGUGACGUGGCGUUGCGCGCCUCCAGGUACUCCACUGUCCAGUUGCAGCCAAUGCAACACUGACCAACACACACUCACAGACACACACUCACAUAAUUUUCUUUAUUGCUCCCUACCUUUUGGAGCCGAUGUGGGGCCUCUCUCUCUGGGAUCCAGUGGGGAUCUUCUAUCUGCUCCUCACUGCUCCCUCGCGCAGUUUAGUGGUGCCGGAAUAUGACAUCCUAUUUUGGCGCCCGGCUUCACUAUAGACGGCACGCGCGAGGGAGCAGGAACACUGAGCUCCCUCACUGGCCCUCCUCCCCGGCCGGGUAAGUUUAAGCAAAGUAGGUACCUACAAUGUUGGGAAAGCAGGUGCCUACUCUGCUAUAACACUAAGCAUGUUCUCGCGGCUCGCCGGGCCACAAAGAUGCCCAUUGUGGGCCGCUAGUUUGACAUGCUUGAACUACAGCAUCAAUUUAAAGAGUGCUAUCACAUGUCUGGAAAUUACAUCUGUAAUUAAAACCUUAACAAAAUCACAUAGAAUACUUGUAACCUCUUUUCAAGAUUUAGCAGUUAACAUCACAAUUCAGUUCAGUCCCAGGACAAAGCACAUUGCUUUGUGAGAGAAUAGACAGAAACAUUGUUUACUUUUCUCCCUAUCUCUAUGCCUUGUCUGCAGGGCCGGACUGGGAAUUCAAAGCAGCCCUGGAAAAAAAUGUAUGCCAGCCCCAUAAGUUCUUGUGCCACGUAAUGUGUAUGUGUACACUGGCCGCUGUGACCGGGCUCGUCACUCCAGGGGACCCAGCCGCCCUGCAGACCCCUGCAAGCGGGUGCCCGCCAUCAUCAUUUGCGGGCCCAGCCCGCGCGGAAAACUGCAUGUUAAGGUGCCCAUCGGGUGGCCCAUGCUGUCAGGGCCACCCGAUGCGUAUGGAUUUUCAGGGGGCCCGGUCAGCGCUGCAGCGUUUUGAGAUCAUCACACGCUGGGAGGAAGUGACUCCCCGUCACUCAGCCCAGCUUUCACUGAGAGCCCGUGCGGGAGGAAGCAGAGGGAGUCAGAAUAGGAACUCUGACUCCCAUCAACCUGAGCCACCACUGGAUCCCAGGGAAAGUCACCCUCCUGCACUUAAAAGGUAGGAAACAGGAGGGUGACUUAAAUAUUAUGUGUGUGUUUGUAUGUAUGUAUGUAUGUAUGUGUCUGUCUGUUUGUAUAUAUGUGUCAUUGUAUGUCUUGUGUGUGUCUGUCUGUCUGUAUGUAUGUUUGUCAUGUGUGUGUGUCUAUGUGUGCGUGUCUGUAUGUAUGUGUGUCUCGUCUGUAUAUAUGUGUGACUGUCUGUCUGUUUGUAUGUGUGCCUGUCUGUAUGUAUGUGUCGUGUCUGUAUGUAUCGGUCUGUCUGUGUCUCUGUAUGUGUGUGUGUGUGUGUGUGUGUGUGUCUGUCGGGGGAGGGAGUUAGAGGGGGGCCCCAUGGAUCAGUUUCGAACCGGGGACCCAUGGGUUGUGUGUACGCCACUGUGUGUGUAUGUGUGUGUAUAUGUGUGUGUAUGUAUAUAUAUAUAUAUAUAUAUAUAUAUAUACACAUACAUACAUACAUACAUACACAUAUAUACAUAUAUAAAUACAUACACACACACAGUUCAAUCUUGCCCUGCACUCCUGCUUUAAUAUAAUCACUGUUUUAAUACCGGGUGCUAAACUGUGGCUUUCUAAUUAUGUGAUUUAGGCAGCCGCCUAAAGCCUCGCGCUGCCUGGGGUCUCGCUGCCACCUAAAUCACCUUAGGGCACAGUGACCGAGGACACAGUGACCGAGGACCCGACACCAGCAGGGGCCCCGGCGGCUUGCUCUGUAUGCCGCCAGUUGUGAGGCCCCUCCAGUCUGCCUGGCCAGAGAGCGCCAAUCGCAGACACAGGUCUGCAGCUUUGUAAUAUGCAGAGCUGCAGACCAUGUGUCUCGCGAGAUCUGGCCAUUCAGAGCGUUGCCGCGGGUUACCACGGAUCUCGCAAGAUACAUGGUCUGUGGGGGGCUAUAAAAAGGUAUUUAAUUCCUUACCAGCACCCCCCUCCAUCCCAACAUUAUCACCCCCCUCACUCCAUCAAUAGCCCCUUUCCAUCAAUACCCACCUCCCUCACUCCAUCAAUACCCACCUCCCUCACACAAUCAAUACAGUCACUCCAUCAAUACCCCCCUCCCUCACACCAUCAAUACCCACACCAACAAUACCCACUCCUCCUUUACACCAUCAUCACCAACCCCUCCUCACUCAAUCAAUACCCCCCUCCUUCAGCUCACUGACAAACAAGAUCAUUGAAACACACAUGCUCACUACACACACUCACUACAGACACACUACACACACACUUACUACCAACACUCACUACACACACACACACACACACACACACACUUACUACCAACACUCACUACAGACACACACUCACUACAGACACUCACAGUAUUUAAGCCCUACCUGGCACUGAAGUAUUCUCUGGGAGGCCACUUUCAGGCCCGUUCCUGCAGCAAGGUCCACUGCUUGAGUGCAGGAGGCAGGGGUUACGUGCAUAGGCGGGGCUUCCAUACUGGGCAGCGCUACCAUGCGGGGGCGUAGCUACCAUGCUGGGCAGGUAAGUGCUAAGGAAGGUGUUGGGAAUCUGGUAUGGAGGCUCAGUGCUCCCUCCGGCUGUUAGCGCCUUAAUGCAGCCGCACCAGCCCCCAGCACCUGCCUCCUGAAUUCCCUCGGACUGGCAGAAGCUGUCACAGUCCGAGGGAAAAAUUAUUUAAAUAAAAUAUUAGGGCUUCCUGCCAGCCCCAGGUGCCCCGGCCCACCGGGAAAAUUCCCGGUAUUCUGGUGGGCCAGUCCAGCCCUGCUUGUCUGUGCUGACUGCCAGGUGCAAGUGGCGGAGCUUAUAACAAUAUUUGAUUGGAAGCUCUUUGCAAAAAGAGCUAAAUACAGUGAAGUGGAUUUUUAAAUCUAAUUUUAAGUUUCAAGCAUCCAUAAACACUCAAUGUAUUUGAUAAAGGUCAUAAAUAGACAUAAUAUUAAAAAUACUGGCAUAUGAUAGUGUCCCUUUAAAUGUAAUUAAUUAUAAUUAGAAAUAGACUCGCCAGAGUUUUAUGCAUGAAAAAUAGACCUAACUCUAACUGUGUCAUUUGCUGUUAAAUCUUAAAAGUGAUGGGAGGUUUUGUUUUUGGUCUCUUAUUGAUAUACUGCUUACAGGACAAAUUAGAUAUUAUGUAACCAGCAUUAUUAAAAAACAAAACAAAAAACAAGCUAAUUGACACUCUAAAACGUCUCUCUCUUUUAGCAUCUUUGAGUUCUCCACUGUACACCUUCUUUGUCAGGCAGUACAUGUAGGCUUAUGACUGCUAAUUCUGGGUCACACCCCUACCAUCCCCAGGCUAGGGAGCUCCCAAGCAUGUCGGCUCGAGUUGAUGUCAAGGAUCUCUCACAUAACAAUGAUGUAAUUAUUAUUAUUAUUAUUAUUAUUAUUAUUAUUUAUUUUUAUUUUUUUAAUUAACACACCCAACACAAAAGCACUCAUCAGCUAAAGUCUACUGACUUACAAGAGCAUUAUGCUGUGGAGGAGUCAAUGGCUCCCUAAGCUUCUUCAUGAAAACAGGGAAACGUAUAUGUUCAAAUACAGCAGACAUUUUUUUUUAUAUUACUGUUCACAUAGCUUGUAAUAACCUUGUCUAGCAGCCAUGAGUAACCUGAGAAUUUUUUUUUUUUUUUUUUCUUAUGUUACAAUACGAAGAGCAUGGUUUCAAAUACUUAUGUGAUGCUUUGCUUAUUUAGGGGUACCAGAUUAUUUUUCAAAAUCCAUAACUGAUCAAGUAAAACAAAUAUGUGACAGAUCCAUGAGUAAAUAAUAUAUAUAUACAUAUAAUACAGCUGGUAUUUAGCAAGUUAGCCAAGCUCUCUCUCUACAUGGUUUGAUAGGAAACAGAGCCAUAUUUCAUUUCAAGGUUUUAACCGCUGUAUCAAAUGAUACUGUAGAGAAAAUACUAUGUAGGUGGCGCCUAUUGCUUUCCUCGUUCACACAUAUGUCAGCACAAUGUUUCAAAUUAUCAUUGAAAUCUUGUAAACAACUGGUCUUUAUUGCUCUCAUGGUGGACGGUUUUUGAUAUGAAACAUAUUUGACGGGCAUUAUCCUGCCCUUUCAACAUAGAGUAGUUUUAUGCAUCUUUCUCACCGAUUAAGUUUUCAAAGUAACUACUCAUAUCAGUAGCUUAUCAUUUCUAAAACAUAAUUAGCAAUAAGUUGGAGGACUCCAGGAACAUGUCCCGAAAAGACAUAGGCCUUGAUCACAAUCUGUUAUUUAAUAAUUCUGUACAUAUUAACAGCUGCCAAUCAACCUUUAACAAUUUUGACACUAUCAUAAAUAAAACCUUUCCAAUGCUUUAGGGGUAAACAGUGUAUCCUUGCAACCUUAUUUUAUAAAAAUGAAGAUUUCUAGAGAAAUUGUCACUUUUAUAACACGUCCUUGGUACCAUGAUUGGUACCUCCUUCGAUCCCUUCCUCCUUUGCCUUCAGCACUUGUUCAGGGCUGAAGUGAAGCCUUUCAUGGAGAGAUAGGUAAUUUUGAGAAGUUUUGAGAAACAUUACGCAACAGCGCAGGGUGACAAUUCCUAUGCAUUAGUCCCGCCUAACAAUCUUUUUCUAAAAUAAGCAUUGGAUUGGCUGGGAGAUCAUUACUAGAGAUGAUCUCCCAGACAUGUAGCAGUGCUGCUGCAGUGAAACCUGCUCACAAUCGGAUUAGAGUUAGCUCUGUACCUCUAAUGAGAGGUGCCCUAAGGAUAAAAACGAACCUUCUAAUGAAAAAAGUGUUUUCCUGGUGGAGUGUUAGGAAUUUACAUGUUUUCUAGUUUGGAUGUUUUAUAGUACAUUCAUACAAGUAAUGAACGUAAAAUACAAGCAGAACCAAAUAUAAAAUUUAAAUGUUACCAUUGUUUUUUUUGGUUCAAUAAGAGCGAAUGAAUGUAUAAAUCUUAUCUGUAUGAAUUAAGGAUCCUGUUAAUCUCUCUCUCUCUCUCGAUGGCCUUCUUUAGAGAUAGAUAAAUUAAUUUACAUACAGAGAGAGAGAGAUAUAAAAUAGACCGUAACCAAUUUUCAUGAUCUCCUUUGGAUUUGCAUGCGAACUGCGUAAGGAUUUGAAAAGAUAUAAAAGGUGGCAAAAAGAGAUACAGUUCUAGAAUGCGGAAUGUUGGCCUCUUACAAACAGACCAUGAAAUCCAAGAAUUUGUAAAUGCAGUGUCAAUCCAAUUGGAAGUGUCCCCUUAAUUACUUGCAACAUUCACAAUGGUUGGUUCUUGACUCUGAGGGGUAUAUCCACUUAGACCAUGUCUGCCAGUGCACCUGAGAUUAAUUAUUUGCGGUACUUUUUAGAUGUCUUUAUUUAGUGACUGUCACGGGUGGCGGUAUGGAAACCGGGACCCCUGAGUGCCUGAUGAGAAGUUGGGAGUCUUCAGCAUGAAAGUGGAUAAUCAGGGCCUGGUGCUGGGUAACCACACGCCCCCUGGUGUUGAGCACCAGCGUUUGUGCAGCCACAAACCAGAACCCUGAUGCAGCUACAGCGGAUCCCAGGAACUAGGAGCUUGAUAUGCAGACCUCCCAGAAACUGGAUAGGGGGGCUCUGCAGCAGACAUGUAUCCAGUACAGAAACAAGGCAAGACUAGAACAGGCACCAAACAUGAACGGGUGUGGCAACAUAAAACAAACAUUUAAAUGAAACCUGGACACUGGGAAUCCCAGGGAUGGAUUACAGGAAUGAACCCAGAAAAACCCAGCAUAAAGAAAACCAGACAUAGAAUAGAAAACCAGAAAAACUAAACAAGAAUUGUAAAAAGAGUACUGGAUACCAGAAGCCAAGGCCAGACAUCUCCACAGAACAGAACAGUAGGAUGUGACAGUGACUACUAAUGAUGACCUGGCACAACCCUGCCAGAAACACGAGCGGACUUUCAGUAUGCCAACUUUUUGGUAAAUAAGGCCAUGGAAUUGACAUUGUCUAUUUAAUAUAAUAUUUCCCAGUGUUGAAGAAAAGCACACAGUAGGGUCAUGGAACGUAUGUCCCAUACCUCGGAAAAGGGAGUAUAUGAAGAAUUAUGAGUUGUGACUUGAUUUACAUGAUUCUCUCGGCUCUUUAAAUUACAGAAUUCUGGAAACUGAUUAGUUCUAGGCUUAGCGUGAGUUGGUAGAUGUUAAUUGGCUGUGCAAAUUUAGCCCAACAUGCCUAUCAGCUCUUACAGGAGGACAUUUUGGCCUGAAGAAAGGUUUUGUCAAAUCAUAUUACCUCCUGGCACUUUAUAUUUCAUAAAGACAUUAAGGUACAUUUCUACAUUGUUGUUUUUGAGAGAAACUUCACAAUAUUGCAAGUUCUAUCCACAGGCCUACUUACAAACAUGCAUGGAGUUGGGAUUUGACAUGUGGCUGCUUGGAUUCUAUGCUGAACCCACAUGUCAUUAGAAGCACACUCAGUGCCUUGAAGUAGUAACAGGAAGUUGAAUGAUUGAGAAGUGUUUCUUAACCCCUUAACGACUCAGGGGAUUGCCAUAACGACGAGUGACGGACCUUGUCCGUCACCCGUUAAAAUUAACCCCGGAUCACCGCUAUCGCGGGGUUAAUGGUGCUCCGGUCUGCCUCUGCAUUAGAGGCAGACUGGGAGCACCUUGACAGUGCUGCCCAGCACAUGUGCUGUCAGAGCGAGCACAUGUGCUUAGUAUACUUACCUUCCGCCUCCCUGCACUUCCUGGUUCUGUGUGAAGUGCAGGCAGACGGAUCAGUGAUGAUCCAGCCCCCUGUUAAAAAAUAAAUAAAGUUUAUUUAAAAUCCCACCCCUUUACCCAUUUUAAUUAAAAAUUAACCCCUUCCCUGCCAAUUGAUCACUGACUACAGUGAUCAAUUGACAGGAAUUACAUUUUACUGUCAUCUGAUUUUUUUAAUUUAAACCCCUGAGGGUUAAUUCUUUUUUUUUUUUUUUUUUUAACCCUCAGGGGUUACAUUUAUUUAAUUAAUUAAUUAAAAUAUUUUUUUCAAUUAUAUGUUUAGCUAGCUGUGGUGGGUGGAAGUUAGUGGGGAAUUGGGGGAUUUGAUGUUAGGCUAACUAGGGGUUAAUGUUAAAAAAAGUUUUAAAAUAAACUUUAAAAAGUAAAAAAUUAAGCUAAAAAAAAGUUGUAAUAACGUUUAAGUAAAAAAAAACAAAAAACCACUUUACCCAGUCCAAAUAAAAAUUAACCCCUUCCAUACCAGUCGAUCACUGCCUACAGUGAUCAAAAUACAGAUCACAGUAUUAUACUGUGAUCUAAUUUUUUUUUUAACCCCUGAGGAUUAACUUUUAUUUAUUUUUUAACCCUCAGGGGUUCAAUUUAUUUAAAUAAUUAAAAAAAUUUAUAAUUAUAUAUUUUGCUAGCUGGGGUGGGUGGGAGUUAUGGGAAAAUGGGGGAUUUACUGUUAGUGCUGCUUACUGCUAGUUAGGGGUUAACGGUAAAAAAAAGCUUAGAAAAAUUUUAAAUUUGUAAAAAAAAAAAAAAAGAACCAACCAGCUCAAUUCUAAGUAUACAAACACAAAGAUAAAGCACCGCGCUAACAGCAGCAGUAGCUUAGUAUCCAACAGCUUAAAAAAAUUGUAGAAACAAAGAGAACGUUACCUGCGCUCUGGCCUAAAUCCCCAUGUACAUUUAAACAAAAUGGAGGCUCUUUAGUUUUAUUCCAAUGGCCAUUUGAAUACAUAAGCUCACCUGCCACGUCAAGGCAACAAAAAUGGCAGUUAUUUUUGGAUAGCAAGGAGAUCCAGAUGUUUAACAUUCAAACACAGAAACCGCUGUUAAUAAAAAUGAUGUAUAUAUAAGUUCAUUUUGCAUUUGAUGCAUUGUAAUCUUUGUUUUUUUGCUCCUUAGAUCAUCAGUACGAGGAGACCUUUCCGAAUGGAUUUACCCACAGUGCUCAUCAGUGUUACACUGUGUCCAGCUCCCACAAGUGCUACGGAAUGAAAACAGACCUUUACUUGCUCUUCCUUCUAUUUAAUGCAGAUGUUCCGACAUUUAGCAUGCGGGCUAUUGCUAACAAAACCUUACAGCUCUUUAGCAAGGACUUCCCAUUCUGACCCAUCGGUGAGCUGUUCAGGACUUUACACUUUAACGGUCGAUAUAAGAUAGGAAUUAUUUAAUCUAAUAAUUAUGCAAACACUCUUGCCCAUUAGAAGCUAAUGCAUCAUCUACUAGGGUGUAACUAAUAAAGGGACACAUUGUGAUUACUAUAGGGACCAAGGCCAACUUCCUGCUACCCUGAAGCAUAUUUUGAGAUAUAGAGCACUCUUACUGACAUUUUAUUGCCUUGGCCCUAAGCAGUUUUGCAUAAUGGCAAUGAAUAAGAGACCAGAACGAAGAAUUAACAAAAACAUUUUAAAUCUGCAAUCUAGAGAGCGAAGCAAAUAGUAAAGGUUUAUUUUACCUUCUAGAGCGUAUCAGUAAGAAUCUGUAUACUACAGUUCAUGCCAUCUCCUUUAUACUGAUGGUGUUAUUCAAUUAGUGGAAAUUAAAAGUGAAUUUUAGGCCAAUAUAACUCAAACUGAAAACAAACACUUUAGUGGAUAAUAUUAGCAAAGUCUUAAAACACUAAAGUGAGACUAGCAGGAAAUUGAAUUUAAAAUUAAAAAUUCUCCCAGUAAGCUAUGCUUUCACUUCGGAUACCUUUGCCUUUACUUUGAAUUCCCUGCAAUUCUCCCUUUAAUUAAAGGGAUGCUCCAGGCCCCUAAACACUUUAGCUUGCUGGAAGGCUUUAUGUGUGACAAGUGUGUCUCAUUAUUGCAAAAAGUGAAGAUUUCAAUCAAUAUUGACACUUCUAAAAAUUAAGCUGUUUUUUCAAGCAGACAACCAGUCCUGCUACUUCCUGGUUGGGUUAGCUCAGUGACCAAACCAGGUUACCAGGGCAAGAAGCAGCAAUUGCAUAGAGCACCUGCCUUGCAAAGACUUAUCAUUGAACUGCAUUGGGAAGUCUGUGAUGGGACAGCCACAGAAAGUCUGGGUGGUGUUAAAAAGGGGGGGGGGGGAGGUUGCAAAGGCUGUAGACAAGAGAACUGCAGUUUUUGCAAGCUGUUUUAGAGAUUACGUCAAUGAAAAAAAUGCAUAAUUAGAUGCAAGCAAGUUUUCAUUUGAGGUAUAUCUACUAAACAGUGAUUUUUAGUUAUUUUAUAUUUAACCCCGAUAAACUGUCAUGGAAAUUACUCUGCGAAUGCUCACUAGAGCAAGUGGAAAUGGAGUCGUGAUGCUUUUUUAUGACCCAGUCACUUUCAUGGCAUUGUGGUCCUACUUCCGUGAGUGAACACCUUUUUUAUUGUUUUGCAUUUUUAUAAAGAGGAAUCUGAUCUUUACCAAAAAAACUUAAAAAUGAAUCACAGUUGCAGCAAAGUGAUCCACUGACAGUGAAUUUGCUGACUAAAACCUCUGAUAUCAAUACCCACUUCUAACUAGAUUCUCUGUGAAAUAGCACUUGAUAUAAAACAGAAUUUAUGGUCAACUUUAUACCCUUUAACAACUAUCUGAAGUGUAAUGUUUCUAAAUUUAGCUUUUUAACAGUCAAAGAUCAGGAUGUAUAUCCUGGUCUAUAAACCUUAAUGUAUUUUUCUUCUCUGGUAGGGUGGAAAGGGGCAGUCAACUUUUCUUCUGAAAAGUUAAUUUAAUUUUGCAUAAUGCUUUUGUUUGUUUAAAUACACCUGUUCAAUGAGUUUGAACAACCAUGUACGCACUUUCCUUAUUUAUUCAAUACUGUAUAACGCAGAUGACUUGGGCUGAUAGUUCAAAAGCACGCUAGGGCUUUUUCCUCAUUCCAGUAUGAUCUUGUUUUGUAGAUUUUUUUGGUAAUGAUAACUAUCUUAUUUGUUUUGUUUUGUUUUUCUCUAAAUGUUUUAUUUGCAUAACCUUCUGAUCAUCAGUAGGCUGAUCCAAUCAAUAAGUGGUAUUUUUUUUUUGGCUUUGUGGGUGAAUUUUAAAUCAACAUAGUACAUCAAACUGUUAUCUGUUGCCUAAUCUAAAACAAUGUAACAUCAAUCAGUAGAGCAUAAAAACCUUUGAUAUACAUUAUGGAAUUUUUUGUACUGUUAAUCCAGAGACUUAAACCAAUUGCUUAGCCGUACUGCAACAAUUAACGUUUAAUGCAACAUAAUGAUUUUUUUAGGUGGUGUAUACUGAUUUUUUUUAAAGAAAAUCUUUUUUUCAAAUCUGGUGCGGGCAACCAUGUUGUGUCAGAUUCUACUGUUAUUUGAUCAACUGCUGCACAGCCCAACUUGACUGCUGCUGCAGGUUCACACAGAGCAAACGCAAAUGUUGACUAUGCUAAUUCUGAAUAAUACAUAAUCAUUAUGAGUACCAACCUAAAAUCCCAUUUGUAACAGAUCCUAUUACCACUGUAGGAAAGAUCCUUGUAGCUUCUUCCGAAAUCCCAGCUGAAGUAGAGCAGAAUUAUAGCUCUCAAUCCCCCAAAGAUGAGUCGAGACUUCAUGAAGGCGUAAAACGAUCUGUUUAAUAACGGCCACAGCUCGGCCUUUUAUGCAGAUCCUCCAGCAAGGGAUACUCCCACAGGGACCUUGUGGAGGACGGAGACACAAGUUACAGUAGCCAAUCAUUUUACAAUACAAUAUAACACACACCCACAUAAACAAUGAAAUCCCUCCUCUCUAUCCUUGAGAUAAUUGGGUUACGUGGCCGGAGCAAACAUAAUUAUCUCCAGGUAGAAAAAAUAUUUCCAUUUUAAAAAAGUAACAAAAUACAUUAAAAUAUAUAACUUUGCUUUUACCGAACGGAAUCCCCACAUUCGACAUAUCCCCAGAUAGCUUGGGUCUGAGCGCUCAAUAUAGCCGAACAGCGCUCAUAUUCCACGGACACAGUCAAAUCGCCAUGGAGCUAAAGAUUCUGUUUACCGACUGUUCGUUAGAAAUAUACCCAGAAUUAGCUCCAUGGAUUUAGCUAUCUGGGUCGGUUCAGUUCGUGUGUUCUGAAAGUACUGAACGACACGGCGUUCGUGUAAAUGGAGACGAAAGAGAUGUAAGUUGGAUAGCCUCAGCGGUGUUCGUGUGAAAUUGUGGCCGAAAAUAGUUCCACGCAGUCGACGACCAAACACCGCUGGGCGUUUGCCAGUUUAAAAUGGCUGCCGGCGCGCACCCAGUCGUUCGUCAAAUAGUUGUGGUUAACCACAGCAUCUGGGCGAUUAAUGAGCUGCACACUCCCAUUGCGUGUGGUCUUGCUGUUCGGUUUUUUAAAGAAAGAAACGAAAUAGGGCUAAAUACACGAACAGCAGAUGAAAUAAAAGGGUACUGGUAUUCACAAACGGGUUUUGUCACACCAUUUACUUACAAUACAUCACACCAGCAUCAAAGACCAUGAGCUGCAUUUUGUAAGAUCUUGUUCUAAAACAUUGGGAUUUUUUUUUCCUUUUGUGGUUCUGUAAGCUACAAUCUGUUCACUUGAACAAUGGUGCUGAGCUUUGUAAUUGAUUAGUUGCCUCCUCUGGAUAAUUUUUCUAAAUCUUUUGUAUUUUGGAUUUUAGACUGCAACUGGAGCAGAAAAAAAACAAGCAAACAAAGAAAACAACUAUCACCUGUAAGAUAAUUUCUAAAUAAUAUGGACUGAAAUGUGUUAUUAGAAGGUACUAAACUUUUUAGAAGUAAAAUGUAGAUAAUUUUAAUGCUUUGUCACUAUUAAUGUAAAGUUUUUUUUUAUUUGCAGUAUAAUACUGUGCCUUACUUCCAGAGAUUAAAAUGUUGUAGUUUUUUUUAUAUAUAUAAUAAACUAUAUAAAUAUUAUAUACUUUAAUUUUGUGUUUUACUUUGUGCGUUUUGUAAUCCUCAUUUUAUUGUAGUCCACUAAUGGGGUACAGAAGGUGCAAGAACAGGUAAGAAAUGUCAUCAUAUAAAACUAAUU